AUGGCCAGGACCCCGGCGGAGCGCGCAGCCUCCUUGGCCGCCUUCCUCGCCUCCUGCGCCGCCUGCCUCGCGGCCACCACCAGCGAAGGUAAGAGCCCGGGAGCAGCGCGGAGAGGCAGCCCUUGCCUCAGGUGCCGGCUGGCGCGGGUGGGCUGGGCGCUCGCGAGGGCUUGUCGCCCAGCAAACUUCCUCCUGCACUGCUGGGGAGGGUCUCCCAGAGUUUGAUGCUCCUGGAGGUUUGGGAACAGCGACCCGGGAACCUGCCCGAGACCGCUUGUCCCUCCAGCUCAGCGUUGCCCACACUGACUGGGUUUCGGGAAGGAGAUGACGGGAUUUGAACCAGGGACCUUUUGUUGCAAGGCAGGGGCUCAGGGAGCUACGGUCCUUCGCCACACAGCUGAGGAGAAGGACAUCGGGAACUCCCGCUCUGUAAAUAAUGAAGAGUGCCCAGCUCAGGGCGCCAGCAGUGGCAAGGUGUGUGCAGACAGGAUGCCCCAGUUUUCCGUGAGUGCAGUGGGCGUUUGUGGUCUCUGAGCUGAGAAGAGGAAGAGGGUGGGUUGCUGGGCGUCUUAAAAGAUGGACUUUGUUGCGUAGAAAAGUCUAGGAAGGGGAGGCAGACAGGACACACCUGCUCAUCACCUCUAUGCUUUAGGAGGAGACUGUCCCACAACAUUGUUGCUGGUUCCUUUGCCCAGAUGCUGGUUUCAGUGCCCUUGGCUUUUGGGGAUCAGCAGGGGGGGGGGGGUUGAUCUGAGGCCACCUCUAGUGCCAGCCUGUCUUGGCUGGCAUUGUUGGUUCUAGAGCAACUGCCCAUUUCUGCUGACCCCUCUGAUACUGUCAAGACCACCUGCAUCUUCCACCAUGACGCAUGCCUACUUGUGAAACUAUGGCAGAACCAGCUCCUGCAGUGGAGCGGCUGACUCUGCAUGGCCAACUUCCCUGGACUUUAAAUAAGUGCCCAUCCACUGGCAUGUUCACAUUCCACUGUUGACCUCUGUGCUUUUCCUUGACUCAUCUCCAGAAGACAUCCAGGAUCAUUCUGUGGGGCCUUAGAGCGAACAUCAGGUAGAUGGAUAACUAGCCAGAGUACUGACCAGUUCUGUAAAGUCUGGUGCUGUUAGCCUGAGUUCUUCCACUCCUCCUCUCCAGCAACUACAGCAAAGUCUCUGCACCUCUUCACCUACAGAAGCUUUCACCAACCUGGUGCCCUCCAGAUGUUUUUUGGUGCUACAACUCCCAUCAGCCCCAGCCAGCAUCUGAAGGGCACCAGGUUAGCAAAAGCUGAGCUACAGCAUGCCUCUUGGUAGAGCUGCCCAUCUCUCCUUAUUCCUGUCAAUUGUGUGCCACAACUGUACUUCCAAAUCCCCUACCUGAUUUUGCAUUCAUUUACAGUGGUACCUUGGUUCCUGAAUGGUUUGGCUCACGAACGCCGCAAACCCAGAAGUGAGUGUUCCGGUUUGCGAACGUUUUUCGGAAGCUGAACGUCCGAUGCAGCUUCCUCGGCUUCCAAUUGAGUGCAGGAAGCUCCUGGGGCCAAUUGGAAGCCGCACUUUGGUUUUUGAAACAUUUUGGGAAUCGAAUGGAAUUCUGGAAUGGAUUAAGUUCGAGAUCCAAGGUACCAAUGUAUCUGUUUUCAUUUAUAUCCCUCCUUUCUUUCAAAGUACAUGGAUUUCCUUCCUUUUACUUUACCCUUACAACACCCUUGUGAGGUAGGUUAGACAGAGAGAGAGAGAGAAAGAGAGAGAGAGAAGUUAGCCUAAAGUCAUCCAGUGAACCUUGUGGCUUCAUUGGGAUGUGACCCUGAGUCUCCCCAGUCCUUGCCAUGACUCUAACUGCUACAAGUCUCUCUUACAAAGGUAAAAAGCUGGGAUAGCUUUGUCAUUAGAGCAUGAGACUCUUAAUCUUAGAGUUGUGGGUUCACGCCCCACAUUGGGCAAAUUAUUUACUGCAUUUGGACUAGAUGAUGAUGAUGAUGAUAAAUUUUAUUUAUACCCCGGCCUCCCCGGCCAGAGCCGGGCUCAGGGCAUCUAACACCAGUAAAAUGAAAGUAAAAACAUAAUAGGAAAAGAAAAAAACCAAUUUAAAAUACAGGUUAAAAUGCAAUUUAAAAUGCAGCCUCAUUUUAAAAGUAGCCGAUAGAUCAAAACCAUAAGGGGAGGGAAACAUAAGGGUCAGACUGAGUCCAAACCAAAAGCCAGGCGGCCUUGUGACCCUUGUGGUCCCUUUCAACUCUACAAUUUAUGAAUCAAUAAAUUCAUGUAGGAUAAUUCUAUUAAUGCUAUUUAUUUUAGCAUUUAUUGAUGCUAAAAGCAACCUAUAGGUUCAGGGGAAGCAUACCUCUAAAUUUCAGUUGCUGGGGGGUGGUGAGGACAAUGGGGGAUGGAUGGUUGGGCCAUCCCAUGGGCAUCUGGAUGACCCCUGGCAGAGACAAGAUGCUGGAUAGGAUGGGUGCUUGGUCUGAUCCAAAAAAGCUCUUCUUAUGCUCUUGUGAAUAGCAGUGAAGGAGGGUUGUUGUCUUCAUGCUUUGCCUAUGGGCUUCCCAGAGCCAUCGGAUUGAUCAUUGUGGGAGACAGGAUGUAGAAUUCGAUAGCCCUUUGGUCUGACCCAGCAGUGCUCUCCUUGGGUCCUCACCUGCCUCCAUGUGCUUGUUAAAGAAGAUAUGCCCCUCUCCUGUACUCGUCCCCCUCUUCUACCCUGGCCUAGACCUUCAGGAUCACAAGUGCAGUUGUGUUUCCCUGCCACCUAGAGACAGGGGGAUCAUCACCCACGGUUCUUACCUGCUUCCCCUGGUGGCUGAGAGAUCACAAGGAGGUCACGGCAGGGCAAAGCAGCUCCCACAACCCUCCCAGCUCCCUAGCUGCUCUCUCUCACACGCCAACUCUGAAGCUACAUUAACCACAGCCACACGGAGAGAGCAUGUCAGGUCAAAGACUGCUGGCAGAAAAGGGAUUGUGACAGGGAGGAUGGGCGCCUCAGAUGAGCCCUGCUGGAUCAAACUCAAGGCCUAUUAGAGAGCUGCAGGGGAACCACAAGGGCAGAGGGCUAUUCAGCCUAUCUAGGGUCACAACCUGUUCCCCCACAAGCAGCACAUGAGAGCAGCAGCUCCCCCUCUGCUGUUCUCUAGAGACUGGUCUUCAGGGACAUGCUUCCUGUGAUCUUGGAGGCUGUCCGUAGCCAUUGGGACUAUCAUAGACACUGAUAGACUUCUCCUCCGUGAAUUUACUCAACCCCCUUUUGAGGCUAUCUAAGCUGGUGACCGCCACAUCUUGUGGCAGCAAAUUCUGCAGUCUAAUUACCUGCUGCCUUGAAUCUCAGCUUUGCGGGGUGACCCCGUUGGUUUCUGGUAUUGGUAUUAUGGGGUGGGGAGGCAAUGCCUUCCUUUCUACUUUCUUCAUGCCGGGCACCAUUUUACCCACCUGGAUUAUGUGCUGUUGUCCCCCCACCCCCACCCCAUUGUGUCUUUCUUUUCCCCAAGCGAAAAAGCCUAAAACGCCGGAACAUUUGAGUUGCUGCAUCCCCUUGAUCAUUUUUUCGCUGCCCUUUCCUGCAGCUUUUCCGCAGGCACCACACCUGCAGUUUCCAAGCUGGUAGAGAUAAGUGGGAGAGAGGAGGGUGUCUCGGGGAAUUUGCAUGAGAUCAUGGUGACCUGCGUUCCUUUGGCUCCGAAUAUCCUGGCAUGGCCUGUGCUGAGUGGUCGACGUUGCUUCUCACAGUCCACCCUUCUGGAAAGAUGGUUCUGAAGGGAGCUGAGGCCAGGUAAACAAAGGGGCCCAUCACUUUGACCCCGGGGCUUGGGGCAGUGCACUUGCUCUGUCUCCUUGAGGGGCAUGGUGCCUGUGAGCUGCCCAAACUCAUCAUGCCAGCCUGACUCUGGCUGGGAGGCUCUGCUCCUGUUUACGUAACAGCAUGCUGUGAUUUGCAGAGUGCGUUUUUUCUCCCCUGAUGCUGGGUGGGUUUGAACUAUGGGCCACACGAGGCCAAUUUGUCCUUGGCUCCAGAACGAUGCUGUCCGCGCUGCCAGGUCUGUGCCAAGCAAUGCGGAGGCUUGGUACUGGCAUUAUUGUUUCCAAAUGCCACCUUUCAGAAGGAGGGUUGGUGGCUGGGGGGGGGGGGAGUGGCUGCGGUCUUUCCAUUCUGAAGAUCCAACACCCCUGACUUGAUUUCAGAUCCUUAUUUCAUUACUUGAUCCCCAAAUCCCACCCUUUCCUCUCCAUAUCAAAGAUCUCCUGCCUGGCAGGAACUGAGUUCACGAGAAAAUAUUUUUGGAUAUAUUUAUGCCCAUUGUGUUCACACACAAAAAUAUUUUUGGGACAUCUUUUAUGCUGUGAGCAUGAGUUUCCAGGGUGGAUGGACCGACUUGUCUGGGUUUUCCAAUUGUGAUCAUACUUUUUGUGGUGGGUGCAGGGAAUAAAUUCAGUUGGCAUCACAUUUUAAUGCAGACCAACUAAUUCAUCCACUGCAUGAGCAAAAGCACAAUCGCUGGAAACUCCGAGCUCGUCCACACUUCCACCUGUCCUUUGUCUAGAAAGCAUGGGUCCCAGCAGUUGAGCCCUUGCAUCACCACUUUCCCCAGGAGAACCCACUCUUUAGCGAUAAAUCAGAGCAAAUGUCAACCCAGAGAAAACUCAGUUAACAUUUGCUCCGAUUUAUCACUAAAGUGUAGGCUUCCCCGGGGGAAAACUACGGGGCAAAGACAAAUCUGGAUGAGCCCUCAUACGUCUCCAAAUUUUGCAAUGCAGUAUUCUGCCCCUGCCCUCCCAAAAGUUUAAGAGGUACAGCCAUGGGUUUAUUAGGGGAACGUCUGCAUAAAAAAAUGCAUAUUUUCAUGAAAUAAUAUACGAACAGGCAUUCUUGCAAAAUCUGUAUGUCCACUGAAUUGCGGGAGAAUUUCCAUGAGGACAUUUAAAUAUAUCUAUAUCUAUAAAUGUAUAUAUGUUUGUGUGCCUAUCAUGAAUGAUGUAGAAGCAUGGAGGACUGAACUGUAGGUUGCAAAAAUGAAAAAGUCAGAGGAACCAAGGCUGCCAGAUUCAUCCAAAUCUUGUGUGUAUUUGUGACCUUCUACUCACACAACCAGAGGCUGUUCCAGUACAGAACAUGCCCAGAUAAUUUAUUAUUAGUUCCAGGAUCACAGUUGGGUCACAGUAUUGUGUGGUUUCAAGGUUGCAUCCAGUAACAGGAUGGUUGGGGCCUGGCAGCCAUGUGCUUCUAAUACCACGUCAUACUCCAGAAUUGGAGUAUGGACAUUGAAGUCAUGCAGAAAGCAAUGUGUCUGAAAAGAUAAAUGCUCAGGUACUAUUGGGCAAAUGGUCCAUAUUCCAAUUCCAGGGCUGUUCCCAGCCAUUUUGGCACCUGAGGUGAACCAUGAAAUGGUGGCCUUCCACCGCCACCAGAGACUGAGCUUUCACAUGACAUAAAAGCCACCUUCAGAUAUAGGUGGUGCUGUGGUCUAAACCAAAGAGCUUAGGACUUGCCAAUCAGAAGGUUGGCAGUUCGAAUCCCUGAGACGGGGUGAGCUUCCGUUGUUCGGUUCCUGCUCCUACCAACCUAGCAGUUCGAAAGCACGUCAAAGUGCAAGUAGAUAAAUAGGUACCACUCCGGCGGGAAGGUGAACAGCAUUUCUGUGCGCUGCUCUGGUUCGCCAGAAGCAGCUUCAUUAUGCUGGCCACAUGACCCGGAAGCUGUACGCCAGCUCCCUCGGCCAAUAAAGCAAGAUGAGCGCCACAACCCCAGAGUCGGUCAUGACUGGACCUAAUGGUCAGGGGUCCCUUUACCUUUAACUUAUAGCACAAGUUUAGCACUUAUUCCUGUGUUAUUUGCAACCAGAUUCUUUUCUGGAAGUAAAUAGCACAGAAAUGAAUGCUAACCUUGAGGUACAUUUUCUUAUUUUUCCAGAGGUGUCAUGUGAAAGCUCAGAUAUAACACGAAAUUUAACAGUUAGGGAAACAUUGAAGAAAGUGGAAUAAACUGCUGUGUGAAUGCAGAAUGAGUGGAGAGAGAGAGAGAGAGAGAGAGAGAGGAGUACCAGAAAAGAGAGAAAGAAAGAGAGAAAGAGAGAAAGAGAGAGAGAGAGAGAGAGAGAGAGAGAGAGAGAGAGAGAUUGGAGUGGCAGGAGGAAGGUGAGAUGAAGCACCCACUUUUGGAAUCUGGUCUUGCACCCAAGGCAAAUCACCUCCAUCACCUGAGAAAAAAAGCUUCUCUACCCUUGACUUGGAGGAUGCUCAAUUACCUUACCUAUGCAUUCAGUAUUUUGUGUGUCAGAGAGACAGACAGAAAGAGAGGAAAUGAUUUCAGAGUCGGACAGGUAAAGAGCUGGUUGACCUGCACUUCCGUUGACCCAUGAUCCUCUCUUUCUCCACUGCCAGUCAUCACCAAUUACACCCUCCCUCUCUGCUUAAAGGAAGAAGGGAUUUUCUUUGGGACAAUGGCAUGUUUGGGUAGGAGGGUGGUGCAUUUGAAAAGCCUUUCCUCUGCCUGAAUGUGAUCCCAAUCCCAAAUGAGGUCUGUCUGAAGUUUGUUGUGGUUUAAUGUAAGGCAGAGGUGAGCAGGGAUAAUCAAGGGGGAGCUAUGGGUGGGGCUGGAGUAAAAGGUAGGUGGGGCAUGAGUCAAAGGUGGGUGGAGCCACCUUUCUCUUUUGUCUGUCUUGUAUCACCCCCUCCUUCGCUUCCUGCCACUUCCCUUUCCCCUUUCCCCUUCCAUUCCACUUGCAAGAAAUUAGGUCAAGAGCCACAUAAAAUUAUUCUGUGGGUUGUAGGUUGCCCACCCUUAACACAGUAUGCUAUUUGACCCUGGGUGAAUCUGUCCAUUUCAUUUUUUUAUUCAGUUUUCCAUUCAGUUUCCCACAUUUUGAAAUCAGUUUGCAAUUUUUUAAAUUAAAAAAAUCAUGAAAAUUCAGCAGCAUUUGAAUAAUAAUAAUAAUAAUAAUAAUAUAAUUUGAAUUUUCCCUUCCAUACACAGAUCUGUAUGCAAUUUUGUCUGAUAUACACAUUUUUGAAAAGCAAUUUCCCCUUAGAUUAUGCAUUUUCACGUGUUAUUUUCACUAAUGCAUGCAUUACAAUGCAUUAGUGAAAACAUUGUCUCUUGGUGUAUGCAUUUUUGUACGUGUCACUUGGCUGGAGAAAUGCGUUUCAAAAUCCAGAUAGGUUAAAAUUUCAAAAAAUGGCUGUGUUUUUGUUUGCUUAUUGUUUCACCAGUGGGCGUGGUGUGACACAAUAGUGAGCAUAACUGGACAACAUUAAUAAUAAUAAUAAUAAUAAUAAUAAUAAUAAUAAUAAUAAUUGCUACUCCCACACCCUUUCCAUAUAUGCAUGUUUCUGUUCUCCCAUGAUUCACCCAUCGAAAUGGCAAGAAAGAACUGUAUGCCAGUAUACUGCCCAAAAUUUCAUCAUUUUGCUCCUACAAUUUUCAGGGUUAACGUGGUUGCAAGGCCCACCCCCCCACCUGUAAGCAAUUAACAGGGAACUGAGUCCUAAAUUUCCACUAUAUUCUGCUAACCUUCUGGAAUGGUUUUUUUCGUCAUGUGACAGCUCAAAUAUAAUGCAGAAAUUAAUAGAGGAAACAGAAUAAACUGACCUGCAAAUGCAGUCUAUUGUGAUCCUAGCAUCCCAGCAUUGUGAUCCACAGCACUUCUGAGUAAGACUCUAGUCCACAAGAUGCAUAAGGUGCCACAACAUUAUUUAGAGCUACGCAUGUAGGUUAUGGCUAUGGCAACAUCACCCUGGCAGAAGAAUCCACUACUUAAUUAAAAGAAGCUAUUAAAAGGAAAAUUUAAAAAUCCAAUGAAAUAUACCUUGAUAAUAAACCAUUUGGGGGGUGGGGUGGAAUGUAAGCCAAACGACGGUAUAGCUCACUGAUUCAUUGACUUCCUGAAGUUUUUACCCCAAGUGAUCUGAAUUGUAGAAACUUAAUUAUCAGCUUCCUUGGGAUUAUGAACAGUCUGUGUUUUCUAAAUCAGUCAGAAGCAGGUUGGUGCCUCACUAUCUUGCAGGAGGGGCUGAAAUCAAAGUGGAUAGGAUGAGAAAUCAUUGUUUCGUUUUGUGGCUAGCAAAGUAACGGAGAAACGCACUGGAAAAUAUGGGCUGGGCGGUGGGGGAUCUGGUCUUCCUCCCUCUCUCACAACGCUAGAACUCAUGGGCAUCCCAAAAAGCUGAAUAUUGGAAGGACAAAAGGAAGUAUUCACACGGAGUGUAGCUAAACUUUGGAACUCGUUUCCCCAGGAGGCAGUGAUGGCCACCGACUUGAGUGGCUUUAAAAGAGGAUUAGACAAAUUCGUGGAGGGGAAGGCUAUCGAUGGCUACCAGCCAUAAUGGCUAUGCUCUGCCUCCCCAGUCAAAGGUGGAUUGUUUCUGAAUACCAGUUGCUGGAAACCAAGGGAGAAUGCUGCUGUGCUCAGGUCUAGUUUUGGGGCUUCCCAUUGGUUCAUCUGGGGGGCCACUGUGAGCAGUGGCGGAGUUAGUUGCAUGGGCGGCCAUAUGCACCUGGGGGGUGGAGGGCGAGCUGCACAGGUGGGGUCGAUCCACCAUGAGCUGCACGGGGGCAGAGCCGUCCUCCGCGCUCAAGCCACUGCACACAGGAGCGGCAGGGCGAGCUCCCCGCGGUGUGCCUUUUUGUCACUCCCCCUCAGGGAUGACCCCCAGGGCACACCACACCUAUCGCACCCCCCUUCCUCCGCCAGAGACUGUGAGCACAGGAUGAGCCACUGGCCUGAUCCAGGAGCCUCUUGUUAUGUUCUUACGAUAUGCAGUGGCCAUUCCUACCCAGAAUGUAGGAACGAUCAGUUCCUUACACAUACAGAACAAAGAUUGGGUGGGACUCAUUAAAAGUGUCAGAUCGAGGUUGCUGAGUGGGUCUAUAUUGGUUAAGGCGGUCUCCAGUUAUUAAAGACUAGGCCAUACAGCCCCCUACUCCGAGUCACUGGUGUGGACUAGAAUAUCCACGUGCCCCAAACAGUCACUGAAAAGCUAGAAAUGUCAUUCCUUAGCCCUUAAAUUGUGGGUCCUUAAAAGGUAUAAGCAAGCUUCCAGACUGUCACCAAACUAGAGGUCAUUUUAUUAUGACGAAUUCCACACUGAAUGUUUUCUGUAGCAGGAGCUACUGCAUUAUCCUUGGUGUGUUAGAAGCAUUGCUAAAAAAUAUUAGUUUACCUUUUACACCUAUUUUCAUGCUAGAUAUAAUGUGUGUAUACAAUGCUCUUUUUCUAGAAAAACAGGUGCUGGAGCUCAUCAUGAACUUCACCCUUGUUCUUUUAGAAUGGCAAUGAUGCCCAUCUGAGAGGUGUCAAACUUACCUCCUGUGAGCUCCAACUGCAAAAAAAGCCAUGUGUGUAUAUAUAUACAAUAUCUUAUUUAUAGUUUAGCUCUCCCUUUCCCUCCCCGAAAUUGUUUAGGGUUUGUUUCGUUAUUAACAAUUUGUUUUGAACUUGGUAAUGUUAAACAUAUGUUGAUAUUAGUUGUUUUUUUAAGUGAUGUAAUUAUCUAUUAAGAACUUUAUGGGUUGUAGUCAAUAUUAGCCCUACUCAAACUCAUUACAGGUAAUAGACAUAUCUAAGGUUCAUUAAGUUCAAUGGGUCUACUCUGUGUAGCACAAGCACUGGAUACAACUCAGUAUCUUUAAAUGGAUUCAGGAGAAUAUAUUUCACUCCAUUUUAUUUUGUGUCAAUCAUCUGUUUGAAUUUUUCAGUGCCCUUAAAAAUGUUUCCUUCCCUGAAAUGCAUUAAGCUCCCAAUAAACAUUAAUUUUGGAAUUUAUUUCUUCACACAGGAGGUCACCCCAGAAUUGCUUCAGUAAGACUCCACCUCUCUCUCACACAUGCUUACAUAAGUAAAUUGACAAUACUUGCUUUAUGCUUAUGAUUUAGCACACUUGUUUCCGGCAAUCUAGUUUAAAAAUGUUUUAUGUGUGUGUGCUUUUAGGAAGGGAGGAAUGCAAGGGCAGAUUUAUCUGUACACAUAACACACACACACACACACACAGAGAGAGAGAGAGAGAGAGAGAGAGAGACUAAUUUUUCAUUAACUGUAACUACACCCUUCGAAAAGCUGUUGAUGAUAGUUUUAUAAGCCGUGUCGGCAGGAGAUCCAUUUUGAAAUGAUUUUCCAGUGUGUGAUUUGUCUGACUUAUUAAGCAGGCUGGUGCCUGCUUUUGUCGUGCAAUAUCCUCAGAAUGAGACUUCUAUUGACAUCAUGCAAAAUUCAGUUUAAUUGGCUAUUGCUUUCAAAGCAAGGCCUUCGGCCGUCUGGAAGCGUUUCAUCGUUCUGACAGUCCUGCGUGGUGCAAAAUGAGCGUGAGAAAGAAAGGGACCACUUGCCAUCAUUAGUACAAACUCAUUGGCCUGGCAUGUUUUUCAUUGUUUUCUACUGGGUGUGACUAUUGUAGCCUGAUUCUGUGGCCGGCCGGCCAAGAUCUCUCUGCAUCUGAUUUGAGAGGAGGAAAUAGCAGAUGGAUUGAAAUUAAGAAGUGAGGGCAAAGUAAUAAGAGUCAAACAAAGAGGAAUUAAUUCCUGACCACUUGGGACCUCUUCAGUUGGUCAAUGCUAAACACAUGUCAUAUUUAUUUACUUACUAGAAGCUCUGCACCCGACGUUGCUAAGGAAUUCCUGGAAAAAGAAAAGGACUGUGCAGUUUUGAAACCAGUGGUCAAAAUCAGUUUGGUUUUGAACGCUUCAGUCCACCAUCUUAAAUCAAAAUUGUAUCCAAACAGAGACAAAAACCUGCUCCUUGAUCUCAGGAACCGUCAUGCAAAAUUUGGCCAUGAUAUCUCAAGAGCUGUCCAAAUGCAUAGUGAAUAAACAACUAGCUUGGUCAACAUUCAGCAUUCUUGUUCCCGUAAGUAGGGGCGAAGCCCUGUAGUACAGGACCUCCAAUACCCACCUCCCUGAGCUGCUCCAGAAGAAGACACCAUGGCCAGUGCCAUGGUGUCAAAAGCAACUGAGAUGUCAAGGAGAACCAAUAGGGUUACACUCCUCCAGCUCUCUCCUAAUAGAGGUAAUCAAUCAGGGCUCUUUCGGUGGCGAAACCUGGUCUGAAACCAGACUGGAAUAGAUCUAAAUAGUUUAUAUAUUCCCUCAGGAACAUCUGCAGCUAGCCAGCCACCAUUUUCUCAACCACCUUGCCCUGAAAAGGAAUAUUGCAAACUGGAUGCUAGUUUUCUGAAACCUCUUUAUCCAAGGAAGACUUCUUUUAGAGGGGCUGUAUAACUCCCUCCCAGAAUAAGGCACUGGUCAAUCUCACUGGACUCAUCUGUAUUGUCGGGCUUCAAAGCAAUUGUGAGGCAUGACAUAAUCAGGUAUUUGCAUGGUACGUCCCUGCUCAAAGAGGGCACAUUAUGUCUGCGUUACUUUCAAAGUGUUCUCCUAUGCACCAGUUUCAUCCCAUUCCUGCAUUAUCAUGUGGAUUAAAAAUAAUAAUAAUCUGCACCAAAAAUCUGCAUUUAUUGAAUAUUCUAAAACAUUUUUUUAAAAAAUUGAAACAAGUGAUUCUGAAUCUCUCAAGUAUGCUUUUAAAAGCAUAUUUUUUGCCCUAGCCUGCAUGACCAAUGCUUGGGGAUAAUAAAAACAACACAAAACAAAACAAAACAAAACAAAACAAAACAAAUGAAUGAAUGAAUGAAUGAAUGAAUGAACUUUAUUACGGUCACAGACCAGGAUAAAAAACAACAACAAUAUAUAAAUAAAAUAGCAGUUAGGAUUUUUUAUAUAUAUAUUCAUUUAUUUAUUCAUUCAACAAAACAUAAAUAAAAUAAAAUAAAAUCUGUCCAACUACCCCUGUUACACGAUCAUCUUUCCCAUGCAAAUGUCAUAAAUUCAGGAGAUACAGGUCGAUUGCAGCGUUAAUUCUGUAGAGACACAUUUUCUCCCCAACCUGCAGGAAGGCUAUGUGCAAGAGAGAAUCAGAACCCAGCAGCACCGACUGCCUCGUUCAAUUGCUUAAUUAUGCAAUCCUGCUAAACGUCCUGCAACCUUCUUAAACUUCUUGCAUCCCCUCCCUCCCCACGGCCCUGACAGGUCCUUUAAUUAACUAUAUGCAGUUUGCCAGGUCAGAAUGCCAGGAGAAGGUGGAGGCGGAGGCGGAAUAUUUUUGCUACCUAGCUUUGGGAACUGCCUCGCCACACAGCAUGCUCUAAAUGGAGCUUAACCAAUUUCGCUUCCAGGAGCAAAAGUGCAGAACCAAAAUAGACUGAGAAUCUCUCUUUCUCUCUGGCACUCCCCAGUAAGGUGAGAUGUGUGCUGUGGUACAAGAGAAGCCUUCAAAGGAACCCCAUUUCCCCCACCGCUGAUGAGAGCUUUAUUCCCAAUGCAAGAGUGCAGAGGUAGAGAGCCUCUGGCUCACUAAACAGACCUGGCACAUGUCUCCAUUUGGCCCAUAAGGUUGUUUUAAUUUGGUCACCCCAGCCACUCUGGGUGGUUUCCAGCUUAUAGGUAAAGGUAAAGGGACCCCUGACCAUUAGGUCCAAUCGUUGCCAACUCUGGGGUUGCGGCGCUCAUCUUGCUUUAUUGGCUGAGGGAGCCGGUGUACAGCUUCUGGGUCAUGUGGCCAGCAUGACUAAGCCGCUUCUGGUGAACUAGAGCAGCGCACGGAAACACCGUUUACCUUCCCGCCACAGCGGUACCUAUUUAUCUACUUGCACUUUUACAUGCUUUCAAACUGCUAGGUUGGCAGGAGCAGGGACCAAGCAAUGGGAGCUCACCCCGUCGCAGGGAAUCAAACCACCGACCUUCUGAUCAGCAAGUCCUAGGCUCAGUGGUUUAACCCACAGUGCCACCCGCGUCCCGGCUUCCAGCAUAUACAGAAAUAUAAUGGAACAUCAAACAUUAUAAGCUUUCCUAUACAGGCCUGCCUUCAAAUGUCUUCCAAAGGUUGUAGAGUUACUUAUCUCCUUGACAUCUGAUGGGAGAACGUUCCACAGUGUACGUGCCACUACUGAGAAGGUCCUCUGCCUGACUCCCUAUAGCUUCAUUUCUCCCAGUGAGGGAACAGCCAAAAGGUUUUCCACAAACAGUACUUACCUGCCCAACACCUGAUGUUGUAAAUGAUGGAACAGCUAAAAAUACAAACUGCAAAUAGAUAUUUUCAUUCCUUAGGCAGCUUGCCAGGGGUUACAGCAAGCUCCUUCAGAGACAUGUCUUCAGCAGAAUCUGCCUCUUGAUGCUGACAGCAUGCCUCCAACAGCUGAUCAGCCUCUUUGAAGUUGUCACCUGUCAUCAUAAUGAUGUCAAGUGACUGACAAGUGGGCAGGGUCAACCACCUGUCAAAGCUGGACUAUGGGGAGUGGAGGCAGUCAAAGUUCUGGCUUGCUGCAGUUGGGGGGGUCAUAGUCAUAGUAGAAGCAAGGAUUAAGUCCCCUUCCUCAACGCCAUCACUAUGGACCAUGCCAGCUUCGUUUACAGUUUUUGUUUUUAAUCGUAACCGUGCAAUUGCUAAUUGCACAAACAAUGGCACAUCUAGGUCAAUCCUAAUUUAUGGGCAAAUGAACUAAUGUAGAGAAAGUGGAAAGGGAGUUUCGUCGGCCAAAAGAGAACCGGGAUGGGGGGUGGGGAGACAGAAUAAAAUGGCCCGAGCAAUGCUGGAAGGGGGGUUGGGCCAGCCUUUUGGUUUAAAGAACUAAUUGAGCCUCCUGGCAAUUGGGUGAUACAAUAGGUAGGGUUGUGUGUGUUUGCUUGCUGAUUCGACAUCCUCCCAAUUUUUAAAAAGAAUAAUUUAAAAUAUUAACAGUGGAAUCCUUAUGCAUAUCUGCUUAGAAUUAAGUCCAGUGAGGCUUACUUCCAAGUAGUUUUUUUUGGGGGGGAGAUUCAAUUCAGUUCACAUUAAAAGGUGAACCCACCUAAUUUGUACUUUUAGAAACAAAACAAGAACUGAAAUUUGCAUUUCUCUGAAUUUUGCAAUGCAGUUCUCCAGCCGAAUAAUGUCUACCCAAAAAAAUGUGCAUGCAAAGAUAAGGUGUGCAUGCAAAUGUACAUAUGCCAUAAAAAAAAAAACCUACAGAAAUGAAUUAUAUUUGGGGAAGUUGCUUUGCAAAAACAAAUGUGUCUGUUAGGGAUAAUGGCAUACAAAAGUGUAGAUUAGGAGAAAUUUGCCCUAAAAUGCUGAUGACUUUUCAUGAGGACUUUAUAAAAGAAUUGCAAACUGAUGUGGAAAUAUGGAGGGCCAAAUUUAAGAAUGGAAAAAUGAGGAACUGAGAAAAACCAAAAUUGGCAUAGGUGCCCGUCCUUACAUCUAAGCAAAUUGGUACAGGAGUGCUCCCUAAACGUGCAAUCCUAUACAUACUUAUCUGAGAGUAAAUCCCACCGAUUUCAACUGGGCUUGCUUCUGAGUAGACACACACAAGAUUCACAAUGAAGGCUGGAUUUCUGUGCUCAUUUACCCUGGAGUAAGUCAAUGAAACUUAGUUCUAAAUACAGUGCAAUGUUCAACACAAUGUGGGCAUGACAUUGAGGGUCCAAAUUUCUAGUUGUGUCUUCACCAGCACUAGCCAGAGGCUGAUUUGACAUAUGCCACCAGGGCUGGCCCACCCAUGAGACAAGGGGAGGCCAUGUCUCAGGUGGCAGGAUCUAUAGGGGCAGCAGAUCCCAGUGUAGAUCUUUAUCCCCCCCCCUUGAUCCUGAUCUUCCUGAUCAUCACUCACCCCUUCUUCCCUGGAGGGGAGGGGGUGCCUUCGCCUCAGGUGCCAAAAUGUCUCUUGCCGGCUCCGCAUGCCACUGUAUUUGACAAAGCAACUUCUGGUGGCCACAGUCAUGCAAUUUGAUGGUAAGAAUAAUAUUUAUCCAGCGGCAUAAAUAUUGCAGUUUAUUGCUGGCUGGGUGGUGAGUUGUUUCCUCACCACAAGCACAUUUUAAGCCUUGGAAUCACUUCCCGGAUUCACAACAAAGGCCAGACUCAGAACAUCUGUGUUCCCCUGAAGAACUGGAUCAUAAUUUGUGGCCUAUUUGUGGCUGAAGUGGUGCAGAGGAAAUGCGGGGAUGGGAAAUGUCAGCAUGGAGAGCGGAAAAUAUUUCUGUGCCGGCGCCCUAGGGGAAGAAAAAUGGGGGGAUUUGCUACUUAAUGGGCAGGUACGCAGUGGGGCUUUGUUCUCCAAUGCAUGGUUGGCAUAUCAGGUGCUAGAAACUGAAGGGAAGGAAAAGCUCCAGAAAAUUAUUCAGACAAAGCAGGAUAAAUACAUUGUAGGAACAAAACGGGCACACUCAGAGGUAUAUUUCAGUCACAUCCUUCUGCCAAGGAGUUCUAGAAAGCUACAUGGUUCUUCUCCUGUGUAGACAGUACUGAGAUAGAUAAGAAUAAGAUUCUGACACAGUAUAAGGCCUACUGUAUGUCCCUGAUCCAAAAUCUGUUGCUUGCAGCAUGAGCUGUAUCCUGCAAAAGUAUCCAUGCACUGACAGAUCCUCCAAGUGUCCCUAUUUUCCAGGGACAGUCCCGGAUUUAUGGAAGCCAUCCCAGUUUUUGAUUUGUUCUUGGAAUGUCCCCUUUUCCUUAGGAUGUCCCUAUUUCCACCAGAGAAAUGUUGGAGGGUAUGGAGCUAUCUGACCCCCAAGCCAUCUGAAGACAGCUCUGUGUAGGAAAGUUUCUUAAUGUUUAAUGUUUUGCUGUGUUUUUAUAUAUGUUGGAAGCCGCCCAGAGUGGUUGAGGCAACCCUGUCCAGAUGGGCAGGGUAUAAAUAGUAAAAUUAUUGUGAUGAUGAUGAUGGAACAGAACGUCCCUGUUUUCAUCUGAUAAAUAUUGGAGGGUAUGACGGACCUUGGCUGGCAGCUGCUGGCCUUUUCUCAUUCCCACCCAUCGCAGGGUUGCCAAGAAAAUGGCCCCAUGAGGCUCUCGCUUGACACAACGAAUGUCCAACAUGGAGGAGGCUGAGCUUUUGGCUGCCCACCCACAGCACACACGCACAUGGCUAGAUUAAAGAGAACCUUCACCAGAGUGUUGAAAGGCAUUUGGUUUCCAGAUCACGAGCAGAGCAAUUUGCCUCGACUUCCUCAUUAACUUAAGCUGGGCUCCCUGGAGGCGGACAACUUUGGAGCAGGUGACUUUGAUUCCACCCCUGCUGUCUCCCCCUACUCCAUGAAAUCUCUGCUUGGGAGAUCCUGCCCGCUUGCUUCUUUUGGUGUGAGCAGAGAGGUAUUGGUAUGGGUUUGCGUGUGUGCAUGUCGUAGCUGUGCACCACGGGGCAUAAUUACUUUGGCUUUAGUGUGCAGACUUCAAACCUGGAUUAAUUCCCGCAGGAAGUGUGAAACAAACAGAGAAGGACUUGGCUGAGCCUCUGGAAAGUAAAGAUUGCAAGGGGGAAGUGGGAGCACGUUGUUUUGGAUGGAGUGGCUCUGCCCUUGAAAGAAAGAAAGAAAGAAAGAAAGAAAGAAAGAAAGAAAGAAAGAAAGAAGAAAGAGCAAUGCACAGAUUCAUGGGGAGGAAUGCUGGACCUGGCAUUUCUUCCGGGUGUCUAGAUGGAUUUAUUAUUUUAUUUAGUGGAUCUGUACCCCACUCUUCAACCAAAAAGACUCUCAGAGAGGUUAAUCAAACACAAAACUCAGGUGUAUGAUGGAGGCUGGCUUAUUAUGGAAAAAGCAAGCUCUAUUCUGCAGUUGUGGCUAACACCCCUUUCUAGAAAAAGGGGUGCUGGAACUCACCAUAAAUACCUCCCUUGUUCUCUUAUAAUGACAAUGGGGCCCAUCUGAGAGGUGCCGGAACGCAGUUCCCGUGAGUUCUGGCUGAAAAAAGCUCUGGGUAACACCACUGGGCUUUAGAGGUGUGCUUGCAUCUGUGCGAUGUCAGACUUGAAUACCAGCUGUUGAACAAAUGUUGCUGCUUCUGCCAUCACGCUUCCCAGGGCAGAGGCUCCCAACCUUGCCUUCACUCAAGCUUAGUGACGGUCCAAUCUGUCAGUUUCUGUUUCUCUACGUUCCUCAUCUUUCCACUCUUAAGUUCGCUUUUCUACAUCUCCACAUCAGUUUGUGAAUUUUUUUUUAAAUGUCCUCAUGAAAACUGAGAAUUUCUCCUGACAGUUUGCAGGUAUUUUUGCACAUUUUUUCAAAGCAGUUUCCCCUAAUGGAAUGCAUGCUUUUAUACUUAUUUUUACUAAUCCAUACAUUUUGAUGCACAUCGCACAAUUUUACCAUGGUAUACAGUGGUACCUCAGGUUAAGUAGUUAAUUUGUUCCAGAGGUCCGUUCUUAACCUGAAACUGUUCUUAACUUGAAGCACCACUUUAGCUAAUGGGGCCUCCUGCUGCCGCUGCGCUGCUGGAGCACGAUUUCUGUUCUCAUCCUGAAGCAAAGUUCUUAACCCGAGGUAAUAUUUCUGGGUUAGCAGAGUCUGUAACCUGAAGCGUAUGUAACCUGAAGCAUAUGUAACCCAAGGUACCACUGUAGUUUGUUAGUUUCUCACACAAUCCUCUCUAUCCGCCAUCCAGGCAAACAGAAGGCCUUAUCAAGGACAGAUUCCAGCCAGGCGAAAACACUCAAGGAGGGUACAGAGUUGGGCCAGUGAGGGGUGUGGCCUGGGGAGAGGGUGUGUGACUGGAAAUGGGGUGUGGCCUGGGAAGAAUCCCAGGGACCAAAUGGAAAGGCUUAAAGGGCUGCAUUUGGCUCCUGGGCUGCAGGUUCCCCACCCCUGCUAUAGAGCAUCCAUUCAUUUGAGGGCUCCCAGGUUCUUCAGACUUCUUGUGGGAGAGUCUGAAGGCCCAAGCAUUGUGCGUGCCUCACAUUCUCUGUCUGUCUAAUGAAAGUUUUCUUCUUAUAUCUUUCAGUGAACUUGUUGGACACUUCCACCAUUAUUGGCGACUGGGGCUGGCUCACCUACCCUUCCCAUGGGGUAAGUCACCUGGAAAACCUAUGGAGAGGGAUGAGCGAUAGGUCAGUUGGUAGAGCAUGGGAAUCUUAAUUGUGGGUCUGAACCUCAUGUUGGGUGAAAAAUUCCCACAUUGCAGGGGGUUGAACUAGGUGGUCUUUGUGGUCUCUUCUAAUUCUACACUUCUUUGAUUCCUGUUGGGUUGAGCCAAAUUUCCAUACUGUUAAGUUUCUUGUUUCCCAAUGUUUCUGAGAAUCCCACCCCCUGGGAAGGAAGUAGCCACCAUCUUUUUUGAUGGACUGACUUAGGCUACCGCUUUAGAAGGCUCAGUGGGGAACUGAUUGCCCUACAGCCUCUAUUCUUCUCCUCCAUGAAUUUAUUUAUUCCUCUUUUAAUGCCUUCCAAGUUGGUGGCCACCACUGCUUCUUGUGGGAGAGAGUUCUACAGUCUAAAUAUGCACUGUGUGAAGAAGAGUUACUUCUUUUUGUCUGUCCCGAAUCUUCCAUUGAAUAACCCCAAAUUCUAGUAGCGUAGUAGGAGGAAAAAAUCCCCCCUUUGCCAAACAAUUUCUCCCAGCAAACAUCUGCGCUUCCUUCUUCCUUUGCCCAUGUGGGCAAGCUUAAGCCACACUCGUAUCUAUUAUUUGCAUCUUUAUCCCUUUAUAAUCUGGUGUGUAUGUGUGUGUGUGUUUAAAAUCUUGUGUUGAUUUUAAUUUAAACUGUUAACAAGUUCCUGAAUACAGAUGUAAUCAAACCCGCUUGCCUGCCGCAUUAAUUAUGAUGUCCUCAUUUUCAUCUUGCUAGGAGACCUUAUCUCAAUGACAUGGGAAGAGAGGAGAGUCAUUUCGCUUUAUGAAAAAAGAAACAGAGAUAGGAACAAGGCAGUGCAUGUUAGGUUGUAAUAGGAGUUCUCACAGCCUGUCCCUUUUCUUGCACAGUUUGCAUCCCAGUUAAUCAGAGGAACCUCUUUCAAAUACGGAAAGUGCUUUAAAUAAUCAGCUGUUGGGAAACUUCCACCACAUGGGCUUAAUAUGGUCUUGGAGGUCGGCUUGCAAGGCUGUUCGGGGCAAACCUGAGCCUCUCCUGGUAUGUCCCACAGAGGAACUUACAAUCUUCAAACAAAAACAUAUUGGAGGUCCCAGGCCACAGGGAGGUUAGGCUGGCCUCAACCAGAGCCAGGGCUUUUUUGGCUGUGGCUCCGAUCUGGUGGAACGCUCUGCCACAAGAGACUAGGGCCCUGCGGGACUUGACAUCUUUCCGCAGGGCCUGCAAGACAGAGCUGUUCCACCAAGCCUUUGGUUAGGGCACAGCCUGAUUCCCUCCUUUGGCAAUCUUCACAGAACUCUAGCCCAAUGGUUGCCAUCAAUUUGAUUUGAAUUAAUUUUAUAAUGAAAUGAUUUUAGAAUGUUGUAUUAUUUUAUUGUUGUUAGCCGCCCUGAGGCCAGCUUCGGCUGGGGAGGGCGGGAUAUAAAUAAAAAAAAUCAUCAUCAUCAUCAUCAUCAUCAUCAUCAUUAUUAUCUUUCCUGGGCCUGAUGUCAUAUGAGAAAAUUCAAGUCACCUGGGAGCAUUUUUGAAUUGGAUGCCUUUUUUCUACUGCCUUGCACAGUAAAAAGAAAAGUCUCCAACUUCAAAACACGCCAAAUUUUGUUUGUAAAGGAAGGAUCAAGAGCACACUUAGAGUGCACACCUGGGCUUGAACUAUCAAUGAUCUAACAUCAUAUAGCAUCAGAUGAGUGAUAGGUACAUAGCCCGCCUACCUGCCAGAGUGGCCUGUGUCGGGUUAGCCACUUCCCGGUCUGGUCCUCUGUCUAGAUCUACGUAGUUCUGUAACCUCUGGACUCAUCCAACUAACAAAAUAAGUCCUGUUUAGGGAUGGAUGAAUCUGCAUAUUUUGGUUUCUUCCAGUUUCUCAUUUUCCCAGUCUUAAUUUAGAUUGCCCCAUUCCCACAUACAUUUCCCUACCCCCAAAAUGGCAAUAUGAAAAUUCAUACUUGUUUUUUGUGCUCAUUUCUGCUAAUAUGUACAUUUUUAUACACGUAUGUUUCUGGUAUAUGCAGUUUCAUGAGCAACUUUACCCAAAUGCAUUUCUAUACUUUAUUUUGUGUGCACAUUUCACGAAUAUGUGGAUUUUAACUUUUAUUGCUUGGCUGGAGAACUGCAUUGCAAAAUUCAGAGAAAUGUGUUUCAGUUUGCAUAUUCGCCUUUGGAAGCACAAACUCUGUAAGCUGGCAUUAAAAUGUGAAUUGAACCACUUUCUUCCCCUAGCCUGACUGAAUUCAGUGAGUCUGAAGUCAGUGUCUUUAUGACUGUAGCCCUACAGCUCUCCCCUACUCUUGUCUGUUGACAAAGGUCAAGGUGUCAGUUAAAGCAUGAAUCCCGCCUAGCUUCUAUCUGUUGUGUCAUCCCUUACCUUGGGACAUAGGUUUGAAGUACAAAAUCUGCUGGACCUGGUGCCUCUAACUCCUCUCUCCUGCUCUUUCCUUCCAAGUGGGACUCCAUCAACGAAAUGGAUGAAUUCUUCAACCCCAUCCACACCUACCAAGUCUGCAAUGUCAUGUCCCCCAACCAGAACAACUGGCUGCGGACUAGCUGGGUGCAGCGUCACGGGGCUCACCGGGUGUACGCAGAGAUCCGCUUCACCCUGCGGGACUGCAACAGCAUGCCAGGGGUCCUGGGCACAUGCAAGGAGACCUUCAACCUCUACUACCUCCAGUCGGACCGCGAUCUGGGCAGCACCCCCCGCGAGAGCCAGUUUGUGAAGAUUGACACCAUUGCGGCCGACGAGAGCUUCACCAACGUGGACCUGGGUGUCCGGCGACUCAAGCUCAACACAGAAGUGCGUGGCGUGGGGCCCCUGAGCAAAAGAGGCUUCUACCUGGCCUUCCAGGACAUUGGCGCCUGCAUUGCCAUCGUCUCGGUCCGAGUUUACUACAAGAAGUGCCCGGCCAUGGUGAGGAACUUGGCGUCCUUCUCCGAGGCAGUGACAGGAGCAGACUCCUCGUCCCUUGUGGAGGUGCGGGGCGAGUGCGUGGGGCACUCUGAGGAAAGGGACACCCCGAAAAUGUACUGCAGUGCUGACGGGGAGUGGCUGGUGCCCAUCGGAAAAUGCGUCUGCAGUGCCGGCUAUGAGGAGCAAAGGGAUUCGUGUCUGGGUAAGUCUGGAUGCGGGUUGUGCAAAACUACUGUUGCUGCUGUUGAGAAGGACGGAGGGAAGAGGCACUGGGAGAAAAUGUUUUGGGGCUGCUCUAUUUGGUCAGGUCCACUUCAAAGAACAGGGACAGGGUUGCCCCCCACCCCCAAAUUGCAGCUAAAAAAAAAGAAAUCACAAUAUUGCCUGACAAUGACCUGUGAGCUUCCAUCAGGGGCAGACUUCAGUAAUCUUUCAUAAUGCUAGGGUAAAUCUGGACAGAAAAGUUGUUGAGCUUUUUUGGCAAAAUCAUGAAAAAAAUUGCUGUUCUUCAGCACUGCCGCCAUGGGCUGCCGUAGGUCUAGAUUUGACCUAUUUCUGCCUGGACACUGCUGCCGACUGUGAUAUUAUGGAUAAGUCCAGGAAAUGGCAACCCUAGUAAUACAGUCCCCUGUGCAAGGCCAAAAUUUGGCACCCCCAAAUGGAUUAUGGGUUUCCUCAAUUUUAUGCCCCCUUAGCCCACACCACCCUAAAUCUGCUGCUGCUUCCAUAACCUGGAGGAUGUCAAGGUGUUGGUUAAAGGGAGCAAAAUAGGAAACCAGACAGAAGAGCUUAGUUCUCUAACAGCUUACAGCACGCAUCCUGGAGUCAAGGAUUAUUACAUUGUUUCCGGUUCCACUGCUGUCUACUUUCCCAGGACUUCUCGAGGUGGAAUUAGAAGCUGGAGGUCCUUCUGGGCCCACGUACAGUGCAGGAGUCAAUAACAAUGGAGAUACCCGAUUUGCUCCGAGUAGAGAUUGCCCUGAGCGCCAGCCUCACAUGCAUUGAUUAUUUGGCUCUAUGCCGAGCGGCCUCCCUUCCAGCUGUGUGCGUUUGGCUCUGCUCCAGGGCCUUCCCUUGGGGGCUCUGGCCACUUCUGGGCUCCAUCAGCCGGCCGUUUUUUCUGCAGCCCUGCCUUUCCUUUGGAGGAAAUUUCCUCAGCAAAGAAAACAAAAGCAAAGUCAACAGAAACAGAGCUAUCUCCUUAAUCCAUCGCCGCCGAGCACUUGGAGGAAGACGGAGGCGUUUUCCCCGAGUGUCCGUGGGCUCUGGGAAGACGGCUGCAGCUUGCAACUGUAUAAACGACGAUAAGGAGGCAGCAGCUGUGCAGAAGGCAGCAGUACACACUGCCCUGAGGCUACAUGUGUACAACAGGCGACUUGACUGGGGUCCUCAUAGGAGGCUUUGUUUGCUUUCAGUUUCUUUCAGGGGGGAAAAAGCUCUAUUUAGAGGAGCAGAGCUUUGACUUGGCAAAUAUGAAAAGGCGGCUUUGUUUAGAGGCGGGGGGAAUGUGAACAGCAGGAUUGACAAUACCUUGCACAAGGUUACCUCUGGCAAAGUCACGCAGGGAAGGACACGGCUAAGCUAGACAGAUGCCCGUCUUCACUUGCCCUGGAUACAUUGCAAGUUCGGAAGUCACAUAGGCUGUGAACCAGGUAAAGCAAAGAGGGAACUUCCUGGCCAGAGGCUGAAUGUGGCCCUUCAGGGUUCUGUAUCUGGCCCUCAAGACUCUCCCUAGGCCACAUUCCCUCUCCACAAGCCACAGCCCUCGUUGGCGCUGCUAAUGUUUAAUUAGGUCUUGAAAUCAUAAUUAUGAUAUAGGAAGGAGAGGACUGGGGAAGGAGUCCUCCUCCUCCUCCAGAUUGCCCCCUCAACAGCUGUUGAGUGGAGGGGUGAUACGGAGGGUAGGCAUCAGGCAGGAAAGUGAAUGUCAGGUCAGGCAGGCAGGGGUGGGACUAGAUGACCGCUGGGCACCCCUUCCAACUCUGCAAUUCCUUUGUUGUAUAUAUAUUCUUUGCUAGCAAUUUCCCCUAAAAUAGAACUCCAGUUCUUCCUUUUCAGUCAUGCCCUGGAGUUUUUCCUGUCAUGCACCUGAGGUCUCAUGAGGUCACGUGGGCAUCACUGCAAUAGGGGCAGUUGGAGAAGACCCUUCAGAGAAAAUAUGAUGGUCUGGGGAGAUAUAAGUGGGGGUGGAGAGAGAGAGAGAGAGUCAGAGAAUCAGAGAAUCCUCCAAGUCCCCUGUCCCUGAGCUGUGAAGGGACUAAAGAUCAAAAACAGCACCUUGGACCCCCCAAAAACCUGGGAUUAUGCUGAACACAGGUACAAGUUCUCUCUCUGCAUGUGUGAAGUAAUAUACUUGGUACAGCUUAGCUAUCUGUGUACACGGGUGCACAGAUAGUGCAUGCAUUGAAUUGAACAUGCAAACACCUCUUAGUAAGAAUUAUUUAUUUACAGGGUUUUUAAAAAUUGCUAUGAUUCUGAUAGUUUGAGAAGUUAGUGUUUUUCUUCUACAGUUAAGACCCUGUGCAGAAAAAAAUGAAAAGAGCAACACUGCACAAUUCUUUCUAUCAAAUGUAAACCUUGGUAGCGGGCUUGUUUUUUAGGAAGCACAACAGACCUAGUAUGCCUUGCCUUGUUGCCAGUAAAAGGGAAUUGCUUCAAUGGUGCCUUAUCGCUGCUUUCACACAGCAGUUGAACCUGUUUCCCCAAUGUCUCCCCAACUUCCACACUACAUCUGAGCUUUCACCCAAAGUCAAAGCCAUUCCUGGAAAUACUGUGCAAAUUUAGUGCUCGUUUCUGUGUUGUUUGCAAAGCAUCCUCCCUCCCCCCGGAAGCAAGUAACACAUGAACGAGUGCUAAACAUGUGCUAUAUUCUGCUACAUUUCUGGAAGUGGCUUUUACAUUGUGUGGAAGCCCAAAUAUAAUGCGUAAAUUAGCAGUUAGGGAAGCAUCGGGUAAUGGAACACAGUUUCAUAUUAAUGCAACCUUAAUUGGUGACACUUAAACCCUUUCCUUUUUCUGGCAGCAAAUUUGUGAAGACCAGAGAUUCCAUGUUUGUUGGAUGCUACAUUUGAACAACAGUGCGAGUGCACAGGUUCACCACUUGUGUAUACAGGCACGCACAUUAGCACACUCAUUGAAUGUGGUGUCCCAGUCACAGUUAAAGCACUCUUAGCCUGGACUUAGAAUCAUAGUGUUGUAGAGUUGGAAGGGACCCCAAGGAGUCAUCUAGUCCAAUCCCCUGCAAUGCAGGAAUGUCAGCUACAGCAUCCAUGGCAGAUGGCCAUCCAACCUCUGCUUAAACACCUCCAAGGAAGGAGAGUCCACCACCUUCCAAGGGAGACCGUUCCUCUGUUGAGCAGCUUUUACUGUCAGAGAGUUCUUCCUGAUGUUUAGCCGGCUCUUUCAGUAGAGAAAAGAAUUGGCGCUGCAAGAUUGAUAACCCAAAUCAACUGGAAUUGGAAAUUCCUCGUUCCGCCGUUUUAAUUGUCAGAACGAGAUCCCACACUGCUGUCACCCUGGGUAAUAUUUCAUUCCCUGCCAUUGGGACAGGAUGAUGUAAACCCCACUUUGUAGUCCUAAUCAUCUUUCUAUAAAUAUCAGAGAAAUUCAAUUUUUUUGGGCAGGGGAAGAAAUUAAACCUUUACCUUCGUGGUAGCAUCCUAAUGUGACUCCAAAUUAAUUCCCCAUUCCUUCUCACAGCUAGGCAUCCUAUUUCUUAAAGAUGUUUGCACAGCUAAGGACUUCUUUAUAGCUUUAAUGUUUACCUAAGAAAGGAGCUUCCAAGGCAGCGGAAGAGGAGACAUAGGAUAGUGCCUGUUGCUGGACUGAGACUGUAAAGGAAGUUGAUCACCCCUCCUGUGUUUGCUGGAAAUUCCUGAAAGCAUCACAGUCUUGCUGUGGCUAUGCAUUUUUCUUAAGGGUCAGGCAGGUGGCAGAACCAAGAGCCCCACGGACCAGACUGGCUCCCUGUGCUACCAAGACUGUCAGUCGGUCACAAAGCAAAUUUCCAAAUUGCUGUCAUGUUGUCACCUCUCCCUAGUCUUUUCUCUAAAUUAAAAUGUUCCAAAUACCUUUCCUUGGAGGGGGAGGUGACACCAACCCCUUGAUCAUUUUGGUUGACUUAUUUUGAACCUUUCCCAGCUCCUUUCUGAGGUGACAUGACGAGAUUUUGUACAGGUCACUUGUAAUUAUUUUACUUACUUGAUUGUAAGAUUGUGGCUGGGUGGAAAUAAAUAAAUCAAUGGAAAGUGAAGGAAACCAAUUUUCCAUUCAUUUAUUCCCCUGCCCCCGCACAACUCUGCAAUUGUGGGCUUACCUGGCUUGGGGAAGGAGCUUGCAAGGGCUCUGGCAGCAUUCCAGAGCCCACUUUCCGGGGUUCCCGGCUUUACACAUUUUUGCAUAUAUACAUAGACCCCCGGAACCUAACACUCACUUAAGACAUACGUUACUUGUACACAGUAUUCCAAAUGCACCAUUGACUGAUAUAACGCCAUUAUGAUAUCAGCACUUUUGCUUUCAAUUCCUUUUCCUAAUGAUCCCUUAAAAAGGGUGUGAAGCAAGGCUGGUGAGGGGUGUGGUUUGGGGAAGAGGGUGUGCUGAGUGGGUAGAGCCAGCCCUAGGAAGAGGCAGAGUGAGGCAGCUGCCUCAGGCGGCAAAUGCUAAGGUGCAGGGAGAGGACAGAGCUGCGAAUGCCAUGUGCUCUGCCCUGUACUCUGAUAUUGGCAAAAAGAUGCUGUCUUUUUGUAUCUAGGGCGGGCUAGAUACAAAAGAAUUUUCCCUUAGCCCUGCAACUGCUCCGAUAGCAUAAGCCUUGCAAGCCUGGUUCGCUGGAGAGUUUAGCAUUUCACAGGGAUCGUUGCUUGAGCCCUUCCAAAGGCUCCCAGCCACGGCUGUGUCACUUAUGCUAAGCAGGCUGCGACCCCCAUGCCAAUCAGAGGUAAAGGGACUGAACCUUGGGGCCGCCCCUGCCAUCCCUCAGGAGCCAUCGCCUUCAGAAAGAGCACAGAGGGGAGACCUGAGCUCCUGCUUCAGAGUCUCUCUCAUCCCUUGCAGGUCACCAGAAGGCACGUCCCCAGAGGCGAGGGCCUGUCACAGAGGCCUGGGUGCUGUCAGCUUAGUACAACCGGGCUACCUUCCUCGGAGCCUCCUACCCCCUCAACUCUCCCAGGGUUUUCUCUCUGUAUAAUAAACUGACAGUCAAAGAGAGGCUGGAGUUCAUCCAUCAAGCGUCAGCUUCCCCAGCAGACAAGCAGUCCAGGAAGGGAAAGGGCAGGGAUGGGGAAACCUCUGGCCCAUAGGUCUGAUUUGGCACACAGUGUGGCCAAGCCAAGCCCUGCUGACCCACACCUUUCCAAGCAGUGAUGAUGCCUAGCACAGGGUUUGGUGCAAGGCCCAGACAUCAGCUCAUAGGAGCCAACUCCUAGGGGUUGAGGUCCCUUCGUCUCUCCCCCCUCCCUAAUAAAAUAUUUGAGGGGUCUGGGCUCCCCCAAAGUUAAUGGGCAUUGUCAUUCAAAUGGUGUGUGUCUUGUGAUCAAUUAUGCAGGGUGGAGCUUACCUGCAACUCCCCCCAUCUUUUAUGCAAAUUGGCACCCAUGCAUCAGCUGUAGAACCUGGUCAGUUUCCAGCAGUGCCUUGUCCUUGCUGUUCCCUAGGAAGCAGGCCACAUUGCUAAAGACCCUGUUCCUUUAGCCGUGGCUAACCAAAGGCUGGGGUUGAUGAUGGGGGUGUUGCUGUGGUUGCAGCUUUUGCUGUUGCUGCUUGGAAGGAGAGCAGACUAGUGAGUGCCAGAAGGCGAACAAAGACCCCGCUGUUUUGUAAGCCAUUUUGAUAUUGUCAUAGAUUUUUUGGGGGGGGGCACACACACACCAAAUCCUAGAAAUUAAUAAAUGGUAGGAUUUUGAUUAAUUGGGGUAUGGAUGAAAAUACAAGCCGUAGAGGAAUUCCCAAAGUAGCCUGUGCAAAAACAACCUGGCCAAGCUAGGCGUUGAGAGCUACUGGCAAUGCAAGAGAACUGUCCUCCCCAUGUGAACAGAGAUGGGGGGGGUGUUUGGAAGGUUGACAGUAAAAGGGAGUCUUUCGCAAAAGUUGCUGGGAAGAAGAAGGAGAGGGAGGAAAGACCGGGAUCCAUCUCAGACAGGUUGGCUGCAGUGCUAACAAAGAGAGAUGCCUUGGACUCCAGGGCUGCACUGCCCUUCUUGAAAUGACCAUGCUGUAAAAGCCAGACUCCUUCCAUGCAGACUGAAGGUGUAAAUAAGUGAAUAAACCAUAUUUCUUCAAGCUCCGACAGUCUCCAUUGUGUCUUAAUUCUCCAAAAGUCGACAGACCCUGGGUGUGUGCCUGGAAGCCCCUGGGAUUUUGUCAUCGCUCGGCAGAGAGUGAGGGGUGGCACCCAACUUUUGUAGCAAUAUAUUUUAAGGAACUGCAGAUUAUCAAUAUUCCAGUAAGUCAAUGAUAGACCCUUGACACUUGGAGUUCACAAUCACAGAAUGUGAGGGUGGCAGUGCAUACAUUUGCCUCCUAUGGCAAAAUUUGUAGAUCCGGCUCAAGGACCUAUUCCUGCCAGGCAAAAACACACAAGCAGGGUGAAAAGAAGGGCCAGAGAGGGGUGUGGUCUGGGGAGAGUCCCAAGAGCCAGACAGAGAGUCCCAGAAGCCCAUUCCUGCCUUAGCUAAAACCAAAGGGAAGCCAAAUAGUAAAUAAGGUUGAACAGUGGAAUUUGCAAGAAGGGUGUGUGAUGGUUACAGGCUCUGAACCUGGCAAUGAGUGGGUGGAUGGAAUGAGCCUGUCUUGUUUUUCUUUACUCCUGUGCUGAGCUGCUCUGAAUGCAGCCUUUGUGUCCCCAAAGUCCUUUCAUAUUCAUGGUGCAGCCCCCGCCCCCCUGAACUCUGAGCUGGUACCCAGCAGAGUGGUUCUCACUUUGCUAUCAUCUCUUUGACAGACAGGCCUGCCUAUCAUUUCAGCCAUCCCACCGACUUAUUAGCAGAUGUUCUCCUGUCUCUCAGAAGAGCGAGCAGGAGGACAAACGGACCAUGCUGCAGAUGGCUUGGCUGGGCCCUCCCACCCACACUCGUCCCCCUGCGCUUUGGGAGAUGAGCCUGUCAGCUCCCAAGGCAGGAGGACGCGGCAGGUGGCAGCUGGUUACAUAGAGAGAUGGGUGGGAAGAAGGAAAGCAGUGAGGGAAAAGGGCAGGCAAGAAGAAACAGGAGACAGAGGGAAGACUAUGGGGAAGGUGGUAGGGAAAUGAGCAAACCUAGAAAACAAAUGCGUACUCCAAAUGUCAUGGGAUCUGCAGAACAGCCUUAGGGCAUCUUCUGAGACCGUAGGAAGAGCUCUGCUGGGUCAAGUCAAAGGACCAUCUGCUUCAGGAUCCUGUCCCAUAGUGGUCAACCAGACACCCAUUAUGGGAAGUCUGCAAGCAGGACCUGAGUUCAAGAGAAACUCUCCCUGCCUGUGACUCCCAGAAACUGGUAUUCAAAGGCUUCAUGUCUCUGAUAGUGGAGGUGGAACAGAGCCACAUUGACUAGCAGCCAUUGCUACUCCACACACACACACACACACACACACACACACACAUUAAAUUUUCUGUUUUACAAUUUAAAAUACUGAUUUUACAUCCUUAAAAAUCUAUGACUUCCAUUCUUCUCUUUCCAUGGUUCGUUUUACAUAUCAUAAAUCCCUGCAUAUUUUACAAAAACUAUACCAUUCAGUAUUCCAUUAUUUUAUCCAUCAAAACUUGUUUACACUGUUGAAUUUAUCUUAAUGCUGCCAGCAUUUUCAGCUGCACACAAUUUCCCCCCAUAUAUUCAAUAAACGUUUUCCAAUCUUCUUUAAAUGUAUGUUCUUCUUGUUCUCUUGUUCUAUAUGUUAAGUCUGCAAGUUGUGCAUAUUCUGUCAACUUAAGUUGCCCUCCUUCUUUGGUUGGGACCUCACUCGUUUUCCAUUUUGGGGCUAACAAAACACAGGCCACAGUAGUAGCAUACACAAAUAACCCCUUUGAGCACCUGGGAAUUUCAGUCUGAAUUAUCCUUAACAGAAAGGAUUCUGUGUUUUUUAAAACAUUUUUUCCCAAUUCAUUAUGGAUCAUUUCGCAAUAUUCUUUUACAAGUCCAGCAAUUGCUACUCCUUAUCCUCUCAGAAUCUGAACAAUCAUUUUUCAAAAGGAGAAUACAAUGCAUCAGAACAAAGAGAUCCCUGGUGGAUCAAGCCAGUGGCCUAUUAGGACCAGCUUCCCUUUCUUAUGAAAGCCAAGCGAGAUGCACCCAGAAAUUCUGCAAGCAGGAAUUGAGUGAGACAUCACACUCCCCAAUUAUGAUGCCUAGCAACUAGUAUUUGGGGGAGUGGCUCUUUAUUGAUGAAUGGGAAUGAGUGGUGGAUUGGGAAGACCAUGCCUUCAAAACUCAGAUUUCCAGAAACUAAACCAACCAAUUAAAAGCUAGAGAGACAAUGUGGUGUAGUGGUUAUAGCAGGGGUGGGGAACCUGAGUCACAUGGGUGACAUGUGGACCUCCAGACCUUUAUAUCUGGCCCUUGGGACUUUGCAAAGGCAUACCCCUCAGCCCUCUUUGCUGCCUCCUUGAGUGUUUUUGCCUGGCUGGAAUAUGCCCUGGAGAUCUGAUGGUGCCUCUUGCAUACACUGAUGGAGGGACAGACAGGGGUGCCUGUGAAGAAACUAGCCUACGGUACCCAAAGUGAAAUUUGCAGUUACCUUUUCCUAGUUUCCCCAUAGGACAAAAUCAAUGAGGAGUCAUCUGAAUGGUAACGGGCUGCUUUUCCACAGUGUCGCAUCGGCAGCAAAAGUUAUGGCUGCCCAGGGAUCUGCCACAGUGGGAGCUAAAGCACUGACCUGCUGGUCUUCUGCCUUCUCAUCUCUCUCCUUUCUCCUUUCCCCCCCCUCUAGCCUGUCAACUGGGUUUCUACAAGUCUUCCCCCGGGGAUCAGCUGUGUGCCACCUGCCCUGCCCACAGCUAUUCCGAGACCCAGGCAGCACAGGUGUGUCGCUGUGAGAGCAACUUUUACAGAGCAGCGCAGGACCCUCCUUCAGCAGCCUGCACACGUACGUACUUCAUCCGCCAACCCACCCUCAAAUUGCAUGUGUUCCUGGACAACCCAGACCCUUACUGCGAGUCUCAGUCAGAUAAAAGAGGAUAAUUCGCAGGAUACUGACGAGCACCCUGUAGCCGCAAAGAGAGGGAGGAGCCAGAGCCAACAAAUGUUAAGUGUGGUGUACUGUAGUGGUUAAGGGACGCUGGUGGUGCUGUGGGUUAAACCACAGAGCCUAGGGCUUGCCGAUCAGAAGGUCACCGGUUCGAAUCCCCGCAACGGGGUGAGCUCCUGUUGCUGGGUCCCUGCUCCUGCCAACCUAGCAGUUCGAAAGCACAUCAAAGUGCAAGUAGAUAAAUAGGUACCGCUCUGGCGGGAAGGUAAACAGUGUUUCCGUGCGCUGCUCUGGUUCGCCAGAAGAGGCUUAGUCAUGCUGGCCACAUGACCCGGAAGCUGUACGCCGGCUCCCUUGGCCAAUAAAGCGAGAUGAGUGCGCAACCCCAGAGUUGUUUGCAACUGGACCUAACAGUCAGGUGUCUCUUUACCUUUACUGUAGUGGUUAGAAUGUCAGACUAUGACCUCAGAGACCAGGGUUCGAAUCCCUACUUGGCCCUGCAACUCACUGAAUGACCUUGGGCCAGUCACUGCCUUUCAGCCUAACCAAUCUCACAGGGUUGUUGUGGGGAUCAAAUGAGGAGGGGCAGAACCAUUUACACCACCUUGAGCUCCUCAGGGGGUUGGGAAUGGUGGGAGGCAAAUAGAAUAAACAAUGAAUAAAAUAAAUAAUAAAUAAAUAAUACUGCACCCUUUGCACUAUUCAUAAUUGGCUUAGCUUCUCUUUCCAGCCUGUGAUUCAGAUUUCUUGGGAUCAGGAACAUCAGAAAUAAAUUAGCCUGAUACCAGAACGCAAUAAGGAAGUGAAGCAGCAUAACUUCAUAAAUACGAGGGCAGGGGUGGGUGGCUCAGGGGCCAAAUGUGGCCCUCAAGCUUUCUCUGUUUGGCCCUUGGAUUUCCACUCAGGCCACACCUCUCACUGCUUUACAUCUGAAGUAUUUUUGCCUGAGUAUUAUUAUUAUUAGUAGUAGUAGUAGUAAGAGUAAGAGUAAGAGUAAUAGUAAUAGUAAUAGUAAUAGUAAUAGUAAUAGUAAAUGAAUCCUCCUCCAAACAACCAUCCCAAUAUGAUUUAGACUAAACAUAAUUAAAGACAAUUAAAAAAGCAAAAAAAGAGAGCAAAUGCAUUUAAAACUGAAGCCAUGAGAAUAGACAUUUGUGGUAAAGACCUGUCUUGAAUUGUUUCCAGAAAGUGAAGAUAGUGGGUGCCCAUUGUAUCUCAACAGGAAUGCUAUUUCACAGAAUAGGGGCCACCACAGUAAGAGCCCUGCUAGAGUUACUGUGGAGAAUGUGUCCUUGAACUCUGAUAUUGCAUCUUGCAUGUCUGAAUGGAAGAUAGAGAGGAUCAUGUGAGUGUGUGUUGUCCCGCCCACCUUUGCCUCUGGCUCCACCCACUCCAAUUUCACUUGCGCACUACUUGGAAGAUUGUUUUGAUCCAGCAGUCCGUGCAUUUCCUAAAUAAAUAAGAUAAAACAGAAAAGAUGAUAAACCCCAUAAACUAAAGCAAUAAAACCAUUUCUACAAUUGUAAAAUUGCUAUAAAAUAACCAGGUUGCACUCCCUUCUUCAACCAAAAUGUCUUCAACAACAAUGUCAAAACAUCAAAAUUGUCUAAUUCCAGCUGCAAACUAAGCAUAUAUGGUCCCUAGCUCAUAUCGGGUUGCCAUAUUUUUUAGGGAAAUCACCAAAAACCAACACUUCCGAUGCAACACACCCCAAUUUAUCUGCUUACGAAUACGGUGAAGUGCUUUUAAACUGUUUUCCUGCCAGAAUGAAAUGAGAUAAUGAAAGUGGACUCUUCAAGCUCUUAUGGUUGCAAAGUGGCUUACAGGAAGAUAAACACCCACCAUCCAUAACUCACUGGGCUUGAAAAUCUUCCUGCCAUUUCUACAUUCGAACGUAUAUCUUAUAAUUGCCAGUCUAAUUUGCAUAUCUAUUUGGGCAUGUGGACUGCUUAUAUUCAAGAAUAUGCCUAAAGCAGGAUUGAUAGAUAGUUCUUAAUUGUGAGCUGAUGUUUCUUUCUUCUUUCUUUCUGUUACAUUACAUAUCUCUGCAAUGAUAGUCCUACUCAGAGUAGGCCCAUUGAAAUAAAAGAAUACGGCAAAAGGCUCAUCCAUACUUACCUUUGCUCUGUGGUUUUCUAGGUACAGGUCUGAGCUUUCCAGAUUUGUGUCUGAGUGUUUUUCUUUUUGUUUGAUUUCGUCCUGGUACGUUCCUCAGGAAAACCUGCUUUUUCUUGCUGAAUUGGAGCAAAUAGCAACCUGGGAAAAACCUGAUAAAUGCAGCUUUCCCCAGGGAAACCUCCAGAACAAGAAAAUCCCACCUGGACAUGGACUCCUAGAAAGGCCGGAUCUAUGUAUAGAAUUCACAGAGCAAAGUUAAAUAUGGAUGAGCCCUAACUGAAGGCCAUUGAUUUCAGUGGGUCUUCUCUGAGUAGAACUUAGUUGGCUACAACCAUUUUUUAAACACACAUACACAGGGCAGAGGGACGCGGGUGGCACUAUGGUCUAAACCACAGAGCCUAGGACUUGCCGAUCAGAAGAUCGGCGGUUCGAAUCUCCGCACCGGGGUGAGCUCCCGUUGCUCAGUCCCUGCUCCUGCCAACCUAGCAGUUCGAAAGCACAUCAAAGAGCAAGUAGAUAAAUAGGAACCGCUCCGGCAGGAAGGUAAACAGUGUUUCCGUGAGCUGCUCUGGUUCGCCAGAAGUGGCUUAGUCAUGCUGGCCACAUGACCCGGAAGCUGUACGCUGGCUCCCUCGGCCAAUAAAGCGAGAUGAGCGCCGCAACCCCAGAGUCAGUCACGACUGGACCUAAUGGUCAGGGGUCCUUUUACCUUUACCUUUUUACACAGGGCAGAUCAGUUCAAUAGGCUGUUUUCACCCAACUUUGUCUCAAGUAGAUAUGCUUUUACAGUCCCUGCUACCUUUAGAAUUAUGAUGAUUUUACUGGCAAUGGUGAGGAUUGAACCUGCAAACUUGUGCAUGCCAAGCAUGUGCAUUUCACGAAAGGUCUGAGCCACCUGAGGGACCUGCCAAGCAGGAAGCUCCUCUGCUAGUCUUAAGGGCUUCAGCCUUUCUGUCUGUCAACUGGUUUUCCUUUAGAUAAUAUUAAUAACAAAAAAAGGUCUUCCCCUGGGAGCCAGCAGCAUGCUCAAUGUUGUUUGCACACUUAUUCUGGUCAAAACGGUGUGGCAUUUCCAAAGGGAGAUAAAAUGAAACCCCAAUGUGAAAAUUUGAAAGAGGAUCUGAUGUGGUCCAUGAAAAAUUCCCUGCCCUAAAAAAUAGUAAUAUUAUUUUCCUGCCCUAAAUAGUAGUAAUAGUAGUAUUAGUAAUAGUAGUAGUAGUAGUGGUAGUAGUAGUAGUGUUCUAUCAGUUAUAUAGAUUAUAAUGGUCUAUCAAUUAUAUUUCGGCAUUUUGGAUUUCAAGGUUAUGCAUCCAUGUUUGUAUAUUUUAAUUGUAAGAGUCAGAGAGGAUGCCAUUUCGCUGCUCCAGUAUCCUUGGUAGGUAAUUAUCCAGCCUUUGCUUAAAAACCUCUAACAAAGGAGAACCCAUCACUUUCCAAGACUUUCCACCAUUGAACACCUUGUACUAGUCCUCAAAGGAGCCUGCAAAAAUCCAUCAAAGGAGUGAAAAUUGCUUUGCAAAAUAUGUAUGCGUUAGGGAAAACAGUGUACGAAAACAUUAGGAAGAUUUCGCCGUAAAGCGCUGGUGCAUUUUCACAAGAACUUGCUUUUUUAAAGCUGAUGUGGACAGCUUAAGAGUAGAAAAAUGAGAAACAUUUUUUUAAAAAGCAAAAUUCUCAGAUUUGCAGGCCAAAGAUAAAAGGGGGGCAGAAUUUGCAAGAGGGGUGAGGCAGAGGAAGGGAGCCUGUCUCAUUUUAGGAGCAGGAGACCCAUGCAAAUCUAUUUGCAUCUCAUUGCAAUUUUUCUUUAGAUGGACGUACAAAUCCCAUCAUUUGCUUGAAGAAAUUAUUUUUGCGGUCAGGAAGAUGCCUGUUGACAGGGGAGCAGAAAUGGUAAACAAAUGGGGGGUGGGGUGGCAAGGACCCAGAGUCCUACUUACUUGGACAGUUAGGGUAGCUUGCAUUUCUAUGCUUCUCUGUUUUUAAUCCUGUGGUCAGAAGGAGUGACCUUAGCUUGAUGCCAGAGCACAUGCACUGCAUGCAGAAGGGCCCCAGUUCAAGCUGGUGCUGCCAAUUAAAUAAGGGUUAUUGUGAAAUUGAAUGGGGGAGGGAGAGAAUACACACACACACACGCACACACACACACACACACACACACACACACCCCACCUUGAGCUCCUUGGAGAAAGAAGUGGAAUAUAAAAUGCAAUAAAUAAACACUACGAAAACAUUUUGAAUAUUCGUAUGCAAGUUGCUGGAUGAUUUUUGUCUCUGAAUUCUCAUUUGGAUGAGCUCUUGAGUGAGCCCAAGCACUGGAAUACACCUGACUGUCUCUAAAUAGUUAGAGCUAGUAGAAAACUCACCUGUCACCAGGCACGCCACACCCUUUAUCUCCUACAAACAUCUGCCCGGUUGACAAUCUUAUACGAUCAAUUACACACGCGCACACACACAUGCAAACAGCAGAUUUAAACACCUUACACUGAGAUUGUGCACCUGUGCAAGCCAAUGCAUUGUUUUGCAGCCCAUUUCCCUGGCUCAAAAAGAGGGGGCAAUAUCCCUAUACCCAUGUGCAACAUUUGCCCCCCGCUCCCUUCAUGCUUGAGCAUUGACCAUGCUGGUUGGGGUGGAUGGGAACCCAACAUCAUCUCAAGCAGUAGCCAAAGCUGUGCCCUCUGGAUGCCCCGGGGCUGAUGGGACUUGUAGUCCAGUAAUAUCUGGAGGGCACCAUCUUGGCUAUGCCUCAUCUGGAGAGCUGCACGUUCCCCACUCUGGGACAGGGUUAUAUGUCUACAGGAGCAGAGGAGAGGAUACGGGGGGGUCUGCCUGCAGACCUCUUCUCCCAUCAUGUGGGGACAGCCGUUCCAUCAGACUGCCUUGGUGGAAGAGAUAGGAAUCAGAAGGCUCAUUGCAUCAGAUUUGCUGGAGGCCUGGCUCCAUCAGGCACCUCCUGCUUUUGAACUGUGCCAGCUGGCACAGGAACAGCUGUUCAAAAAUUGGUGCCUGAGGUUUGGCUUUGGUUUUUCUCUUUUCCCCCAUCCCGUUUCCCUUGUGCGUUGUGUUGCGUGUGUGUGUUUUAAGAUGAUAACGCUGUUUUAAUGGAUUGCAGGCUGGGAUCUUUUUUUUGACUGAAGAACAGGGUAAAAAGGACCCCUGACCAUUAGAUCCAGUCGUGGCCGACUCUGGGGUUGCGGCACUCAUCUCGCUUUACUGGCCGAGGGAGCCGGCGUACAGCUUCUGUGUCAUGUGGCCACCAUGACUAAGCCGUUUCUGGCAAAACCAGAGCAGCGCACAGAAACGCCGUUUACCUUCCUGCCGCAGCGGUACCUAUUCAUCUACUUGCACUUUGACGUGCUUUCAAACUGCUAGGUUGGCAGGAGCAGGGACCGAGCAACGGGAGCUCACCCCAUUGCAGGGAUUCGAACCGCCGACCUUCUGAUCGGCAAGUCCUAGGCUCUGUGGUUUAACCCACAGUGCCACCCGCGUCCCUGAAGAGCAGGGUGCAAAUGCCCCAAAUAAAUAAACAAAUAUUAGGACUGUUAUGGAAGUUCCUUCCAACUCUCCCUCCAUGACCCUGCGCUCCUCUUGAUUGUUUCUAGGUCCUCCCUCUGCCCCCGUGAACCUUCUUUCCAGCGUGAAUGGCACCUCCGUCACCCUCGAGUGGUCCCCGCCUCUGGACAAAGGCGGCCGCAGUGACAUCCUCUACAACGUCCUCUGCCGCCACUGCCUGUGGGAUUCUGGCCAGUGCGAGGCCUGCAGCCCUGGCAUCCGCUUCCUGCCCCAGCCAGUGAACCUGGCCCAGGGAUCCCUGGCUGUCACCAACCUCCUGGCCCACACCAACUACUCCUUCUGGGUGGAGGCCGUCAAUGGGGUCUCCGACCUGACCCUCGAGCCACCGAAAUUUGCUGCCGUCAACAUCACCACAAACCAGGCAGGUAGGAGAUGCCCUCCCCCUGCUUGCCCUGCCAGACUGGCUUUCAGCUUCUGCUUAGCCUGCUUCUCAGGGCUGAACAUUGUGGAUCUCACUGAAUGGGCAAAGAGGUUUUUAUGGCAGGAUCAGGCAUGUAAGAAGCUGCCUUAUACUGAGUCAGUCACCUGGUCCAUUUAACUCAAGUGUUGUCUACUCAGUGUUGUUCAGUACAGUGGUACCUCAGGUUAAGUACUUAAUUCAUUCCGGAGGUCCGUUCUUAACCUGAAACUGUUGUUAACCUGAAGCACCACUUUAUUUAUUUAUUUUAUAAAAUAUUUAUUAAAGUUUAAACAUUGCAAAAAAAACAGAAGCAAAACAAAAGAAAAAUAUGAGCAAUAAACAAUUACAAAACCUCAAAAACAAAAAUAAAUACAGAAAUACAAAACAUCAACAAUACAAAAAAAGAAAAGAAAAGAAAAGCAUUAAAAAGAAAAAGAAAAACCCAACAAAGAACAAGCAAACAUACAAAAGAACCACAUAUUUUCAUAUCCUUAUCUUUCAUUUGCUUAUUUCCUCGACUUCCUCACACCUCCUUUUUUGUAUUCUAGUUCAAUUAAAUAUUCCAGCAAGUCCUUUCCCUCUUUCACAAAUUUAGUUCCAUGAUUUAACUUAACGCAAUUUUAAACUUAAAUUUACCUCUUUACCCAAUGUCAAUCUAUUCAUACUUGAUUUUUUAUAAUAUUUCUACUAAAGUCAUAUAACUUCUUUCCAGCAUCUUUCUAACAUUCAUUAAUUUUGGAAUAUUUCUGUAAAUAAGCUUAGGUAAAUCUCCAGGACCGGAUGGACUGACUUCUAGAUACUACAGAACUUUGAAAGAAUGGUUAAUACAACCAUUAAAGGAAGUCUGUAAUGAAAUAUUGGAAGGGAAAAGGGCACCUGAGUCGUGGAAAGAAGCAUAUAUUACACUUAUACCAAAAUUAGAGUCUGAAAAGACGCAACUCAAAAACUACCGUCCCAUAUCACUGCUUAAUGUGGAUUAUAUUUUUGGCUAAAAGACUAAAAAAGGUGUUAGCAGAAGAAAUCCAUAAAGACCAAGCGGGCUUUCUCCCGGGCAGGCAUUUGUCUGAUAAUACGAGGAAUAUAAUUAAUAUUUUAGAAAAGCUACAAGUGAAGAUUAAUACAAAAGCGGUUUUGAUUUUUGUGGACGCGGAGAAAGCCUUUGACAAUAUUUCUUGGAGUUUUAUGAAGAAGAAUUUAUCGGGGAUGGGGGUUGGUAAAAGUUUUGGAAAUGGUAUAGGUGCAAUUUAUUCAGAACAAAGGGCUAAAUUAAUAGUGAAUAACGUAGUGACGGAAGAAUUCAAGAUUGAGAAAGGAACACGACAGGGUUGCCCAAUCUCUCCAUUGCUUUUUAUUUCGGUCCUGGAGGUUCUGUUAAAUAUGAUUAGAAGGGACCAAUUGGUUAAAGGUAUACAAGUGGGAGCUAAACAGUACAAACUGAAAGCAUUUGCAGAUGACUUAGUACUGACUUUACAGGAGCCAGAAUCAAGCACGAAAAGAGUACUAGAAUUGAUUCAAGAAUUUGGUCAGGUAGCAGGUUUUAAGUUGAAUAAGAUGAAAACUAAAGUCCUGGAGAAAAAUCUGAACGUGAUUGAGAGAGAGAAGUUCCAGAGAGAGACAGGUCUGACAUUGGUUAAGAAACUGAAGCACCACUUUAGCUAAUAGGGCCUCCUGCUGCUGCCAUGCCGCCGGAGCACGAUUUCUGUUCUCAUCCUGAAGCAAAGUUCUUAACCCAAGGGACUAUUUCUGGGUUAGUGGAGUCUAUAACCUGAAGCGUAUGUAACCCAAGGUACCACUGUACUGGCACCGUUCCCCCCUAAAUGUUAGAAGUGUGGCAAUUAACGUAACAACUUCAUAGUGAGUAUCAGUAUCUUUUUUCUAAAAAAGGAAAAGAAAAAAGCACUGGCUGGAAUCCAUUGAGGUGCUCCCAAAGUGACCUCGGUCAGAUGUCCUUCAUCACCAGCUCCAUGUUAUUUCAGGUGGUUAUGUGGCCUACUUUACAGACAACAGUCCUCUCCUUGAAGGGCUGUGCAGAUCACGAGAAUUACCAUACCCUCCAAAAUUUCUCCAGUGAAAAUAGGGAUGUCCUAUUCAACAAUAACGAGACCAUGUCCAUCUGAAUGGGUUGCCCUAGCUACUAUGGGCAGCUUCCAUCAUAUAUAAAAACAUAAUAAAAUGUUUAAAAACCUUCCCUAUACAGGGCUGCCUUCAGACGUCAUCUAAAGGUUUUAUAGUUACUUAUCUCCUUGGCUUGGGGAGGUCACAUAACUCCAUACCCUCCAACGUUUCUCUGAUGAAAAUAGAGACAUCCUUAGGAUAAACAGACAUUCCAGGAUCAAAAUGGAAACUGGGAUGGCGUCUGUAAAUUUGGGGCUGUCCCUGAAAAAUAGGGACAUUUGUAGGGUCUGCUUUGUUGAAAGAUAAUGAACACAAAGAUGGAAGGGGCCUUGAUGUUGCCCAUCAAUGGCAUCUUUACAAUUGGCUGUGCAGGCACCCAGAUCACCUGGUCACAGUCUUCUCCACUCCUGUGCUAGGUAUUGCACUUCUAUUUAAAAUGCAGCAAUCAUUUCAAAAUGUGCAUUUCUGCAUAUGUAUGAGCCCUGGGUUCACCAACAGUUUUGGGCCCAUAUACACACAUUUGCAGACUGGAGAAACUGUUGGUGGGUACCAUGCACAUUGCAACCAAGCACACACUGCAACCCAUUUUAUUAGCAACAAUGGGACAUUUCUUUCAAGCCUAAUUUCAUGGGAUUCCACAGGUGCCACUCUGGCAACCCCCAAAUUGGCACGUGCAGAUUUUAUGCAACUGCUGCCCUCUUUGGACCUCCUUUUGCAUUUUGACAGGUCCUAGGUGCUUGCCUUCUCUCCUCUGUUACUUUUUGAUCCUCUUGAAAAGCAGCCUAGACUAGUGGCUAUCGCCACUCUUGUGACACUUAAUCCCACAAACUUGACUGAUUUCUAGAAAUUGCAUGAAGAAGUCCUUUCCUUCCAUGCAUCCUGAAUCUAUUGCCAACCAAUUUCCCAGGGUGAUCUCUUGCAUUCUAGUAUUAUGAGAGAAGGAGAAGAAAUCCUCUCUAUUUACUUCCUCCACACCAAUGAAAUAUAAUCCUCUUUCAUGUCCCUCCAAUAGCCUUUUUAAAAAAAAUAAUAAUAAUACAAUAAAAAGCAUUUCUUUGUGAGGAAGAUUCUUCAUCCUCUGUUCAUUUGGGUUGCCUUUUGUGACCUUUCCCACUUCCAUUAUUUUCUGCUUUUCUUUUCUUUUUCUUUCCCCUCCACGAUAGAACCAACCAGAACUCCAUCUCACAUACCUACCCUACUCUGGAUGUUUUGACCCAUUAAAAACAUUGCAGAUUAACAGAGCAAUCCUAUACAUGUCUGCUCAGAAAUGAGUUCAGUGGAGCAUAGCGCAAGGUAAGUGGGCAUAGGAUUGCAGCCUUAAUUCGUAGAGUCAUAGAAUUGCAGAGUUGGAAGGGACCCAAAGGAUCAUCUAGUCCAAUCGCUAACUGUUACUAUUAAUGAUGAGGAAGACCUGGAAAAAUAUACCUAAAAUAUCAUCUUACCCCUGACAUGCCUACUCUGCUUUUAUCAGGAGAUCACUUCUGUAUGAGAGAGCAAUCGUGCCUUUACGGUAGUGGCACCUCCUUUUUGGAAUUCCCUCCCCCUACAUAUCAGGCAUGGGCAAUCUCUGCAGAAAUGUUUUAUAUACAUACAAAAUGUCGUCUACAUAGCAAGAGCAAUGAUGAAUCGCUAAUUAUAGAAAGCAAGAAAAGGUCAACACACCAAUUUAUUGAGGAAUGAAGUACUCUUCCAAUUCAGAGUUGGAGUAUACUUUGCUGAAGAAUUUUUUCCAAUUCUCUGAAAACCUUCCUUUGUCAACAACACUUUCAGUGGCAGAUCUUUAUUCCAGACUGUGCCUGUAUCAAGCCUGAAACUGUUUUUGUUUUUUUUGUUUUUUUAACAUAUUAAAAUUAAUUUUGUUUUUGUAUCUGGAACUGUUUUUAAUUGUUUUGGUGGUUGGCAUUUUUGCCAUGAAGUCCCUUUGAGAUAUUCUAUGGGAAGUGAUUCCUAAAUGGAAUCAAAUAAACAAAUGGGAAAAUAUGCAACCUGAAUUGUAUAUGGGUGGAAAUCAGUGUCAUGUUCUUAUGGUUGUUAGGUGUUUUUAGGAAGUCACAAGGCAGGCACCCAUGGUAAGCCUUCCUGGAGUACUGAUGUCCUGGCAGUUGCCUGACAAUGCCACUAACUGGUGCUUGUUGUGAGAUUAAAUGCAGUCUCCCUCUUAUAGCAAUUGCUGUAUGGCUGAGCUUGGUCACCUAAGUCACCUAGAACCUCUUGACCCAUUCGACAAUGGUGGUCCACUAUGGCAGAUGGAACAGAACCCCACCAACCUCGGUCUCCUCUCGGCCAGCUUCUAUCUUUCUACUGUCUUACUUGCAAUCAAACAGGACGUGGGCCCACCUUGCAAUGGCUCUGGCUCCAUCUAUAGCUGGUCUCAUUGCUUUCUCCACUACCACCAUGGCCUAUCUCUGUCUCUCUGUCUCUCUCCUCUAGAACUGUAGAAUUGGAAGGGAUCCUGAGGAUUAUCUAGCCCAACCUAUGCAGUUGUAGCAUUCAGGGAUCAAACCUGCAACCUUGGCAUUAUCAGCACCAACCUCAUAUGGUCUCCUAUUGUCUGUUUCCAUAGCUCCAUCCCAAGUGCUGGCCGUUCACCAGGAGAACGUGGGCCAAAACAGUGUCACGCUCCUGUGGCAGGAACCGGAUCAGCCCAACGGCAUCAUUCUGGAAUAUGAGAUCAAGUACUAUGAAAAGGUAAAAGCAAUUGUGCUGGUUGACCUGUCUGCUCUCUCUGUUGGGCAAGGUGUGCCAUUGCUUGUGCUAAAUCUCUCCAUCCAAGUUGCUUCCCAGAUUCUAAGGUGCAAAUAAAGCUAAUGGAAAUCUUCCUCCUCCUCCUCCUCCUUCUUCCAGAGUCUUGCUUCCACAGGGCAUCUCUCCAUUAGCAAGCAGCUAUUUAUUUCUGCUUCCUUUUAUUUCCAGACUUUGUUCAGACAACUGUGCAUGUGCAGUUUCUCACGGGUUUCAGCUUGCCUUUUUAAAAAAACUUACAAAUUACAGUUGUAAUGAUGACAUUGAUUUAAUCAAAGUGUAAAAUGGAGUUCUGACAUGACUGCAUGAUUACAUCGAGAUUCCACGCACAACUGCUCAUGCUCCGACAUGCACCGAUUAAAUCACAGCACAACACGGAAUAUUAAUGCGAUUGCAUGCAUGUGCAUUGAUUAAAUGCAGUUGCAUCAGGAUUCCAUGCACAUGUGCUCGUAUGUGCAGUGACUAAAUUGCAGCAUAAAAAGGAAUCCUGAUGGAAUUGCAUCAUGAUUCCUUCUUGACCAGAUUUCACCCAUCCUCAUUAGUGGUUGGUGUGCUUCAGUAAGCCACAAGGAAACCAAGUAAAACCAUGAACUGAAGACUCCAGCAAACUCUGCAUUUGCCAAAUUCCAACACUGAUUUUAGAAAUUCCCUAAGUUAAUCUGGAAGGCAAGCCAAGCAAGUAUGGAAAGGCUGAAAUAAACCCAUUGCUACUUCCUGUCCUCAUUCCCAAUAAUACCUUCUCUAGCACAAGGCUUUGAUUCAGGGGUGAGGAAUCUUCUUUUUCCGGGGACCCUUCAAAGAUCUGGUGGUGGGAGUGGCCAGGUGCAAAAGUGAUUGGAGCAAAAAUUGCAGAUGUUACCUUUGUAUAAAAGACUAGUUCCUGCACCCAUCCAUCCUCAACCACCAUCCAAAAGACAUUGCCAGAGUUGAAGGACACAUUCCAGCCAGGAAAAAGCAGUGGGAAGGCAAAACAGGGCUGAUGACGGGGUGGCCUGGGGAGAUUCCUGAUGGCUAGAUGGAGAGACCCAGAAGGCCACGUUUGCCCUCCAGGCCUGAGGUUCCCCACCCCUGCCCUGGACUGACGUCACUUUUUGCUUCCCCAGGACAAAGAAAUGCAGAGCUACUCCACCCUGAAGUCCAAAAGCAACAGCACCACCGUCUCAGGCUUGAAGCCGGCAACCUGCUAUGUCUUCCAGGUCCGAGCCCGCACCUCUGCCGGCUGUGGCAAAUUCAGCCAGGUGGUGGAAGUGGAGACCGCCAAAGCAAGUGAGGCAAAGCAGGGGGAGGAGAGGGGUGCAUGAGAGUGCAGGUGUGGGAUGGGGCAGAACUGGAAGGCACCCCACCCCAAAAUGGAAGCUCUGUUUGCCUUCCCCCAUGCGGUGGCCUCCAACCCCUACAGGACAUACCCAUUUCAGAGAAGGAGUUCUCCCUCCACUGCUGGAGGCAGUUAUGCCCAUGAAUUGCUGGUUGCUGGGAAUCACAACUGGGGAGAGCAAUGUUGUACCCAGGUGCUGCUUGUGGGCUUCCCAUUGGGGCAUCUCUUUGGCCACUGUGAGAACAGGAAGCUGGACUAGAUUGGCUCUUUCUUAUGCUUUUAUGGAAGGGAGGGCUAAGCCCAGAAGGGGGAGAAUUAAGGCUCUAGGGCAGUGUGCCGACACAGUCAUGAUCCCUGUUAUCCUUGGUCUGUCACCUGUUCUGAGGUUCUGUAUGAAUUUUGGACAUGGGACCGAAGGAGAAUCAGGCAACCAUUGGGUCUUCCAGAUGUUGUUGGACUCCAGCUUCCAUCAGCCACAGCUCAACAAAGGAACAGAGGCAGCUGCCUUAGAGGGAGACAGGCCAAUGACCCACCUAUUUCAGUUUUGUCUGCAAUGACUGGUAGUGGCUCUCUAGGGUUUCCUCUAAGAGUCCCUUCCGGUUCUUCCUGGAGAUGCCAGGCAUUGAACCAUAGACCUUCUGCAUGCAAAGCAGAUGCUCUAUGAAUGAGCUACAGCCCUUCAUUGCUAAAAUUCCUCUCCUGCUUUACCAUUACUUUCCUCCAUAAUUUCUUCUCCAUUGGUGUUCUCAAGCAACAAAGGCGUAUCAGCUAUGUCAGUGAUGGCCAAACUUGGUCCUCCAGCUGUUUUGGGACUACAGUUCCCAUCAUCCCUGACCACUGGUUCUGUUAGCUGGAGCUGGAGGGCCAAGUUUGGCCAUCACUGAGCUACGGAAUGCUGCAAACUGCCAGUGAUCUCCCACUAGUAAGUCAUGCUCAGGGAACAGGCUCCAUUCUUAGGAAGAACAUAUUUCCUUGUCACCAGAUCAUCCUUGCCUCUGCUUCCUUGGGGAAGGGCUGUAGCGGAGUUGUAGAGUUAUCUGCAUUGCAUGCAGAAGGUCCCUGAUUCAAUCCCCAGCAUCUGCAGGUAAGGCUGGGAAUUGCCCCUAUCUGAAAUCCUGGAGAGCCAGUCAUUGUGGACAGUCUUGAGCUAGCUGGACUUGAUGUCUGACUUGGUGAAAGACAGCUUCCUCUGUUCCAUGGGGAGUCAGGAUGUGCUGAGCCCAGGGAUAAAGGGAAAAGAACAGUGCACAUGUGUGGGUGUUUGCCUGUCUCAGGCUGCAGAGCUAGAAUCCUGCAAUCUUUCUUUCCCAGUAGCUCCCCAUUACGACACCACAGCGGUGGUAUGGACCUGCCUCACCCUCAUCAGUGGCCUCGUCGCAUUGCUGCUCUUUCUGAUCUGCAAGAAGAGGUAGGCUUAUCUUUUAAGGGCAGAUCUCUCAUGGGGGCCUCCUCCCAAGUGGUACGCUUCUGCGUGUUUGAAUGCACGACUCCCCUAAGAGGAAAAGUUGCAACAUUUGGGUUUGGGCCUUCUUCUUCUUAGUUCGGAAGGAAGGCAAGCAAGUGAUAUCCACCAAUUUAGAUUGCUUUAAAAGAGUUUUAGACCAUUUAUGAAGGAGAAGGUUGAUGGAGAGCACAAAUGGAGAAUUCGCUGUUGCUUUCAUCUGCUGCUUGCGGAUUUCCCAUAGGCACUUGGUUGGCCUCUGUGAAAACAGGUUGCUGGACUAGAUGGGCAUUUGGUCAAAUCCAGAAGGGCUCUUCUUAUGUUCUUAAGGUGGUGCCUCACUAGCAUAUUUUGUGUCUCAUCUCUCUCCUUAACCUCCACCCCGCCGCAUCACUGGGCAUGCAGACACUGUGGCUACAGCAAGGCAUUCCAGGACUCUGACGAGGAGAAAAUGCAUUAUCAGAACGGACAGGGUAAGUGUUGAGCUAAAGCUUGUCCAGUGAGCUUCAUGUAUGUCCAUUCUGCAGCACCAAAGCUAACAUUACCAUGCCAAGAGUAAGCCUCUGCUGGUAAAUGUGCAGGGUCAGAGCCUCCAUCAUGGUGCACAUGGAACUCUGACACUGUCCCAGGAGGCAAAAUGAAGGCUAAGAUAUAUAUUUCUGACCAACUGCAUGCCUAUGCCUUUCUCCUGACACAUUGGAGGACUAGUUUUCAUGCUAAUCCUAUGCAUAUUGCUCUGUGAAUUGCCAUGUAAGGAUUGAUAGUGUGCAUUAUUAGCACUUAAAACUAUAUAACAAAAGUGAAAAUGUGGAAUUGGGUCCCAUGUUGUAGCUUGGGGGUCUCAGGUGGGUCUUGGGUCUCAACUGGUCAAAGAUCACUGGCAUAGAGCAGGGAGAGAGGCGUUGCUGGAUUCCAACUGCCAUCAGCCUGACCAGCAGGGCAAAUAGUGAGGGAUGAUGAUCCUAAAACACAAGUCCCUUCCCUUCUCCUAUUGGGAUGUAUCCUUUGCACCUUCACCCCAGGACACAUCAACUGGCCUCAGGUGAGCAUCAGAUACCUGCUGCUGCAUCCAAGGACAGAUAAAUCUGUCAGUUUCUCUCAGUUCCUUGGGUCUUUUCCCCAGUCUUAAAUGUGCUUAUCCAUAUAUCCUCCACAAUUUACAACUCUCUUCUUUUUAAAUCUUCAUGAAAAAUUGCCAGCAUCUUAGUGUUGAUUUCUCCUAAGAGACACUUUUUUUUUUUGUAAGCAGUUUUGACUAACAUGCACUUUUUCGCAAGCAGUGUUCCAUUGUAUAAUAGUGGAGGCUUUUUGUAAAUGCAUGUGGGAUUUCUUUUUCAUUUUCUAAAAAAAAAUAAUGUUUCAUGUAUGUACACAUUGCUUGGUUAGAGAACUGCACUGCAACAUUCAGGGAAGUGCAAAUUUCAGAGGAUUUGGGAGGGGGUUCAGUUUGUGUAUUGCUUUUGGGAAGUGCCAAGGAGCCAGUUUCUCAUUCAAAUGCAAACAAGAUCGACUUUCUCCCCUGUCCCUGCUUUGCAUAACUGCCUCAAGCUUCAUGUCUCUUCUGUCCUUCCGGAAUGCCCUACAGUGAAAUUCCCCGAGUCAAAGUUCUACGUGGAGCCCCACACUUAUGAGGACCCCUGCCAGGCUGUGCAUGAGUUCACGCGAGAAAUCGAAGCCUCCAGGAUUAAAAUCGAGAGAGUCAUUGGGUCUGGUGUGUACUCCCUUUCCCCCAUAGAUGUCCCUCUCCCUGGACCCAGAGAACAUCCAGGGGCAGGCUCUUUUAAGGCCAAUGGGGCACCAGAUCUCAUUUUCUCAAAUGAGAAUCAUUGGCCUUCUGGAAGGUUCUCAGAAGCCUAUCUGAGGGUGGAAUUGGUGGCCAAGGGAAGCUCGGAAGGGCUUGGCAGUAAGAUAAAAAUUGAAUGUGAUGUGCUGGUCCAUCUUGGUCUGCAGGAGAGUCAGGAGAGGUGUGUUACGGCCGUCUGAAGCUACCUGGAAAGAGGGAGGUACCCGUGGCGGUCAAGGCCCUAAAAGCUGGGUACACAGAGAAGCAGCGACGGGACUUUCUGAGUGAAGCAAGCAUCAUGGCCCAGUUUGACCACCCCAAUGUCAUCCACCUGGAGGGGGUGGUCACCAAAAGUAAGUGUGAGGCCAGGUCUGACUCAACUAGGUGAGUUUAGUGUAUGGAACAAGGUGCACAUGUCUCAUGACUCCAAGGGGCUGCUAGAGAGAAUGAUGUUGUUCAAAACACUUUGCAUGCCUAUGAUUUGCAGUUCUUCCAACAGCCUUCUCCUCCACGCUACUAUCCAGAUGUUUUGGACUCAUUGCCAAUGGUCAGAGUUAAUGAGAGUUCUAGUCCAGAACAUUUGGAGGGCAGUAGAUUAUAGAAGGCUGUCCUAUAGUAAUCCUGUAAGAGAGGCCUGUAUUAUUUUCCUUCAUAGUGCAGAAGGUGGCAGGUUUGAUGAGAGAGUGUGACUUGCCUAAGGCUACCCAGGGAACUCAUGGCACAGGUGAGAUUUGAACCAGAUCCUUCCUGGGUCACAGAUCAGACUCUUAGCCACUAGUCUGCACCCAGAUUUCACAGUUAUUUAUGAUGUGAUGCCACAACUUAGCUAGCUAGCCUUUGUCCCCAUUACUCUCUUCUUCUGCCUCCCCUGACCCACACACCUAUCUUCCUUGCAUCCAAAUGGGCUGUCAGGAAGGACAAAGGCUCUUAAAAUACGGGGGGCGGGGAACACUUGAGGAAUGCAAAGUUUCCUAUGAAUAAGGACAUCAAGAAUCAAUUUGUGGGCAAUGAGGGUGGAAGGGGCCAGUCUUCAGAAGAACUGCAGGAUAUUCGAGGCCCCAAGCAGAGAGAAAAACUAAUCAAAGACCUUUUUGAUAUCAGUCUGGACUCAUCAGCAUUGCAGACCAACCCAGAAAGGGACUUGAUUAUGAAGAUGGGAGUUGUGAAUGGCUUUAAGAAAUCAAUCUUGUUUCAGGGAUACCUGCAUCAUUGAGGGACAUUGGAAAGGCAUUGGGCAAGUCUCAUCUUUCGGCUAUCAAACUCAGCCUUACAAGUGGCCACAUUCAUUCCACCGGCCUCCGACUGUUUUACCCUGACCAGUCACAAUGCAAAUUAGGUUCAACCUGUAUGUUGAGAAAGUGAUCGUCAGGGAUGAGGACCCAGCAGCCUUCUAGAUUAGCCUUUGGCUAAUUAAACCAUCUAUGGCCUUUUAAGUUUUGUGUGUGUGGCUGGGGAUUAUUGAUUUUAGUUGUUACUAUGCUAUAUAUUUUUGUGUUUUUAUAUUGUAAACUGCCCCUGUGAUCCUCAGAUGAAAGGCAGUACAGAAAUGUAAUAAAUAAAACAAAAAUAGAUGCUGUUGAUCUUCAGCAUCCAUCAGCCCCAGCCAGUAUAUUCACGGAUGAUGGGAGUUUGUGGUCCAACAUCUGGAGGACCACAGAUCCUCCUUCUCUGGUUUAAAUCAACAUAUGCCACUGAGUUUUGGUCCCCAGCAUCCAUGACUGUGUUCUAUUCCACUCUCAAUACCCAUCACUGGGGAUCGCAUGUGGGCAGAGUGCUGUUGUACUCAUAUCUGGUUUUUGGGCUUCCCAUGGACAUCUGGCUGGCCAAUGUCAGAGCAGGAUGUUGGGCCACAUUGGUCAAUGACCUCAUGCUCUUCUUCUGUUCCUAUGAUUCACCCAUCCCUACCUACAGGUUAGACCCCUCUGAAAACAGACACCUAGAAGGGUCCAGCCUAAGACUUGAUAACCUUCAGCUUGGAUUGGCCUACUGGCCAGCUGUCAAUUGUUCUGAAGCCUCAGGCGGGAGUUUAGUUCUCCUCUCUCCUUUAGUUGUUGCCUCUCAUUUCACAGGGAGAGGAAGGCAGCCUGUCCCCGGCUGCUGUCCUUGCUUCCUUACGAAUAUCAUUAGCAAAAUGAGCCGUUGAUUUGGGUUUGUUCUUCCUGCAGCGGUUCAUUUGAUGGAGAUGAGAAAAAAGGGAGGGGGGAGGGAACGUUUGGCUUGCGCUUCUGACUCUCUUUUCCUGCACAGAAGUAAAAUGCCCUUUCACUCUCUUUUUUUGGGAUGAGCUGAAUUGAAUUGAAUUAUAAAGCUGGGGAGGAGGGGGAGCUUUUGGGUCACACUUCUGAUGCAAAGCAUUAUGGUAAUAGGAUGCAAAUAUCAGAAUGACUUAAUAACAGGAAUGGUGCCUAUAGAUUGUCUGUCUUUGGUAACCUGUGAGGAAGUCUCAGGAACUAUAGUGGAGCAGAGAGGGCUUUCUAAAUGUCCCUUCCCCACCAAUAAGCACCCCAAGACCUGGCACCAGCAGCUGGUCAAUUCAGACAUUGGUCUCACACCCCAGGGACACUGCACUGCCUGACCCAACUGCCUCCUUGCCUUCCCCACUGGGCUCCAAAUCAGCCCUAUUGGAAAUAGCCAGGCGUACAUUCUUCUUUGGAAUGAGAGCGAAGCUUGACCUCUAAUCUGGGGGUUACCCCAAAUGCAAUGUCCUGACCUCUGGAGUUAUUAUAGCUCUAUAUAGGCUCUACAGGCUCUUCCAGGUUUGACAUACCUAGAUUUCCUUUUGGGAAAAUAAUGAUGGCCGGUGAUCACCAUGGGUGGGAAUCAAGCUUGUCCCCCAUUCAAAAGUGGCACCACUCCUCAUCUACUGCCAAAAUGAUAUCUUGGAGGGGGGCAUCUGGGAGGGCAGUAAGUGGUACAGCAGCUGAAAAAGAAAAUACUGCACAGCUGUGGUCAAGUAGAGUGGGGGACCCAUUGGUGCCCCUCGUCCGCACAAUGUCUCAUACCAGUCCUGAACAGACAGAAACACAUCAGCUGCAAAGGCACAUGUCUAUUAGCUUGACCUCUCUUGUCUCCUGCAGGCAAAUUAGUCAUGAUUGUGACCGAGUACAUGGAGAACGGCUCGCUGGAUUCCUUUCUCCGGGUAAAACAGCACGCCUUCUUAUUCAUGCUGCAUGGUUCCUGGCAGAGUGACUGACAGGAGCAAGGAGAGGCGGGCGCUGCAGCCUCAUGACAGUGGCGUCUGACUGGAGGAUCACAGGAGGAUGGAUAGUAUAGAGCCCAAAAUGGUUGAGAGAGGGGCAGCCAGAACAAUCAAGGUGGUGGAGCUGGUGAUAGCUCAACUGGUUCGAGCAUGGUGCUCAUAAUGCCAAGGUUGCAGGUUUGAUCCCCAUAUGGGACAGCUGCAUAUUCCUGCAUUGCAGUGGGUUGGACUAGAUGAUCCUCAGGACCCCUUCCAACUCUACAGUUCUAUGAUUCUAUGAAUACUAGAACAUGGGGACAUCCAAUGAAGCUGAAUGUUCUUCCAACAUCUCCCAACUUUCAGGAAAGGAUGGAAGAAAGCAUUGCUUCACAUGAUGCAUUGUUCUUCCAACAUCUCCCAACUUUCAGGAAAGGAUGGAAGAAAGCAUUGCUUCACAGGGUGCAUUGUUAAACUCUAGAAUUUGCCUCCACAAGGGGUAGUGAUGAACACCAACCUGGAAGCUAUAAAAGUGGAUUAAACAAACCCAUGGUGGCUAUGUUCUGCUUCCAGUUGCUGGAAAUCACUGCUGGGGAAAGCACUGUUGCAUCCUGGUCCUCUUUGUGGGCUUCCCAGAGGCAUCAGGUUGGCCACUGCAAGAACAGCAUAAUGCUCUAGAGCACCCUUUGGCCUGCUCUAGUAGCCAGGCUCUUCUUAUGUUCUUCAGUUUGAGCCCUGAAAUGUAACCCCUGUAUUUUAGGUUGGUCCUGGGAUAUGCAUUAGUGGGGUGCAGUGUGGGCUGGUGCCUCCAGGGGUCGCUCAUGAGAGACAGAGCCAACUCAUUCUAGUUUCAUUCUUGUCCUCCUCCCUGCCUACAAAGGCAACACCAAGGAAGAGGAAGCUGGCAGGCAGCGCCACCCACAGGACUGGUUAUAAGUAAGAUGGCUGGCAAUCUGGGGCUGCUUAGAGGGAGGCUAAGUUUGGUGUGGUGGUGCUCUGUUCACCAUCCAGACCAGCCUCUACCGGUGGCAUAACACUGGCUGAAAACUAACACGGGUUGGUCUUUCUCCAGAAACAUGAUGGGCAAUUUACGGUGCUUCAGCUGGUCGUCAUGCUGAGAGGCAUCGGCGCUGGCAUGCGCUACCUCGCGGACCUGGGCUACGUGCACCGCGACUUGGCGGCGCGCAACAUCUUGGUCAAUGGCAACUUGGUCUGCAAAGUCUCUGACUUUGGCCUGUCGCGAAUCCUGGAGAACAACCCCGAGGCUGCUUAUACCACCACGGUACGCUCUGACUUGUGGCGCACAGGGGCUACUUGUGAUUAUGUUGUGAUUAUGAUUAGCUUUCUUUUUAUGGAGUCCUGACGGUGAUGAUGAUUUUACAUACUGCUGGAUUGCCAUUAUGGCUUAUAAGCCUCUGAAAGGAGACUGGUGGUCUCUUGGGACCAGUGGCAUCUGGUGGGGCAGAAGGUAGGGAGCCCAGCGGUAGAAGGAGCCAGAGGCAAUAACAGGCAGAGCCGGCUAUCGCUAGUUUUGUACCCAUCCUCCUCUCUGAUGCAUUCUACAGGGGCACCACUGAUGCUGGCAAGUAUUGCCACCUCUGGACUCUGAAAGCAGAGUGGCAGGUGGGGGUGGAAGAGGGCAGACUGAGGUUAGCAGGGCAAUGCCCCAUCAGCCCAAAUGAACCCUGCUCCUCAGGAUCUCUGUAGUCAUUUAAGGCAUCUGGAGAAUUCCCUGGACCUUGACAGAUUUUGGAGGAACCUUCCUUCAAGCAGUUUUGUAGCUUUGUUGAAUUGGUGCCUCUUCCUGCAGAUCCUAGCUUGGGGGCUCUCCACGCACACAUGCACACAGAGAGAGCCACAUUCAGGUUAACUCUGUUUGUCCCCUCCUUGUUUCUCAGACAGCCUCCCCCCUCCCAUAUUCCUUUCUCAGCAAAAUACAGGAGCCUUGCUCCUUCCUGGUAUAUAUAUAUACCAGGAAGGACCAUAUUCCACUAUGCCCAAUAUUGUCCACUUUGACUGGCAGUAGCUCUCCAGGCUCUCAGCACCUGGAGAUGCUGGGAAUUGACCACCAGACAUUAUGCAGGCCAAGCAUGUGCUCUCCUGCUGAGCUGCAGACCUUUCCUUGAAGAUGUCUGAUCCUGCUCUCUGGAGCCUGUCAGGUUCCUAUUGCCCCCACUGGUCUCUUUCACUACCUUCCUCCAGCAUCCGGUUCUGCAUUUGAGAUGUUGCUGCUGAUGCUGCUUCAGAGUUAUGAAUCUGGGCAGCUUGCAAUGCUCAGAAGUAUCCUGAAUCGAGCUUCAUUUCCCCCCAAAAAUGGCACACACAUUUACAGCAUAGAUGGCCUUUUGAGGGGCAGAUGAAACCAUCAAGAUAUACCCAAUGCUACCAGCCAGGAAAGAACUUUUUGGAAAAGGUAGACAUCCUUAUCGUGCUCCAGCCCCAAAUGGUUUGAGAAAUAUUGAGCUGAUCCCAAAUUGAGCUUAGGGAUCUUUCACUCACCACUUGUACAUAAGUGAUGGAGAAUCUGAGACCUGGAGGGCUGAAUGCAGCCCCCCAAGCCUCUAUAAUCCUCUCCCUGCCCCACGUUGCACCCUCUUUAGAUGUUGGCAUGUGUCCUUCAACUCUGAUCCCUGGAUGAAGGACGGAGAGGGUAUGUGAAACUAGCCUGUUGUGCAAGAGAUCAAAUUGACCCUUGUUUCUCCGCCCACCUUUGCCUCUGGCUCCGCUCACCAUUGACAUGCGGCCCCCAAAAGGCUUCCCAGAUGGGAAUGUGGCCCUCAGGCUGAAAAAUGCUCCUUGCCACUGCUGUGCACUCUCUCACUGCUUACCUUUAACUGCAGAAGCCUAUGCACACAAACACAGCCAGCUAUGGAAAGCUCUUAGCUAACUUAGCAGCCAGUCAAGGGCUCAGGGUUUCAACCCCCCUGAGGGCCUGUUUUGAUGAAUCCAGUGGUUCUUGGUGGCUAGUGGUAGUUGCUUCAUUCAGAUUGGUUGACUUGCAUGUCUCUGCCUUGGACCUUUCUUAUUGCAGGGUGGGAAAAUCCCUGUUCGGUGGACAGCGCCAGAAGCCAUCACGUACCGGAAGUUCUCGUCGGCCAGUGACGUGUGGAGCUACGGCAUUGUCAUGUGGGAAGUGCUGGCCUAUGGGGAACGGCCUUACUGGAACAUGACCAACCGGGACGUAAGGGAAGCAGCAGCUGCUGCUGCCCAUGACUUAAUUUAUUCCUCCACCUGAAACAGAACUUGCGUGAAAGUGAUCCCUGUAGAUUUCAGCAUUGUGGGAAGGGAAUUGUGCACAUCCCCGGGUCAUUCCUUUCCCCAAGUUGCCAGGAAGACAAGAAUGGUCUCUGCUGGGGGGAUCAGAGUAGGAGAACUGGGUGCAGCAUCUGGAACAGACUCUGGAACCAGAGACUGGUGCCCUUCUCAACUCUCUGCUCUUGCACUUCAUCAGGAGCUGCCUCCUGCCAAAUCACACCAUUGGUCCAUCUAGCUCAGUAUUGUCUACACUGACUUGCAGGUGCUCUCCAGUAGUUUUAGACAGGGAUUUAGCUGUCAAAAUGUUGGGAGUUGUACCUGGAAUCUCUUGCAUGGAAAGCAAUGAGCUAUGGUCCUUCUGUUAAGAUGUGAGAACAAAGGAACCUGCCUUAUCCCGAGUCAGACACUUGCCCUAUCAAGCUAAGCACAUUGACUGUUGGUGACUCUCAAGGGUUUUAGGCAGGAGUUGGACACAGGGCCAUGUGUGGGCAGAAAAUGAAGUGAGAAUAGAAAAUGGGUGGGGACGUACCUCCAGCCCUCCCCCCCACACUUUCUGCCACUCUAGUUUCUCUCACUCCUGCCCCUGGCAGGUUCCUGGAAGAAGGAUCAUUCUUACCAGAGGUCUGAAUUGAUGACCUAAAAAGGAUUUCUCCCCUUCUUCCCAUCACUCUGUCCACGGUGGCCCCCUCUCCCAUUCCCCCUAUGCCUUGGCAAAGCUCUCUGAACUGAUAAAUUUCAGAGGGUCCCCACCCCACUGCCAUCACCAUCACUCCACCAAGUUCUCCCAUGCCUCAGGAUUUGUUGAGACCACAUUCCACGCUAUCAAGUGUGUUGGUCUUAAACAGGUUCCAUGGGGAUCUUUGCACUGUGACAGACUAGCUGGCCUCUCCUUGAGGAAUUUGUUACUCAAUCCAGACGGCUGCCAAUUUAGAAGGAUGUGUUCCCAAGAAGGCAUCAAGGAAGGGCAAUGAAAGAGCAGAGGGAGGUCCUUCAGCCAGAGGGUCAAUCUGUUGUAGAUGUCUCCCAGCCCCCCACAACCUCUGUACAUCAUAGUUGUUGGGUGGGAUUGCAAAGAAAGUCGUAAUUUGCAGAAUUUUCACUACCCAAACAUGCCAUGUGUUGUAGUUGCGCACUCCACAUUGAAUGGGAUUCCACGUGUGUUCACAAUCUUUUUUUGUCAAAAAUUAAAAAUGCUUCAGUUAAUUGUAUGACUUGAUUACCCUGUUAAGAAUCAAAUUGAUAGCGUUGUUUUGAAAAAGAAAAAAGAACAUUAAUUGCAAGUGAGCCAAUUCCCUGGAUGAAUCGUGUAGUAAUUACCUUGACUAGCCUGAACCCUGGCUCGGUCUCUGCUUAGCCAUCCCUGCGUACCCUCCCAAGUAGGGGCCCCAAUUUCUCUCUCUCUCUCUCUCUCUCUCUCUCUCUCUCUCUCUCUCUCACACACACACACACACACACACACAGUAUGUUGCAGUGGGGAAGAAGUGUAGAUCAUGCAGGCAUUCUGUGUGUUCACAAAACACAAAGUAAGCAAUUAUGAAAUCAUACAAAGACACAGCACACCGAAGCAAAAGAGCUGGUCAUUGACGAAACAGACACAGCUGCAAAGCGGGAUGGGCUUAGGCUCUAGAGAAAAGUGAACAAAUUGGGGAAAUCAGGCAAAUUGCACCUCUGCUCUGUCCCAGUAGCCUCCAGGGACAAUAAUGCAUGUAGAAGGAAACUCAGGCAAAAAUAGUGGAAAUUGGAUGGGGCAGCUGAUCUCUGGCAGGAGCAGGGCUCUACCCAUUCAAAAAGGGUCUUCUGCGAAUUUGAUAUGAGGUCUAGAAGCACACUCUACUUUUCCUUUCCUUUCCCGCCAUCUCUCUUUUUUAAGCAGCACAGUAUCCUUUUCCAAGGAUUCUUCAGGCAGCCCUGAAGGCCCAAGGCUGGAGGUUAACAAGAUGGGAUGAGAGAGAGAGAGAGAGAUUUGAAUCAGUUUGCAUUGAAAGGCAAACCUGCCUAGUUUGCAAUGCUUGAAACAAUACACAAACUGGAACACAGCAGUCCUUCAGCAUUCGCAGUUCUCUGAAUUUUGCAAUGCAGUUCUCCAACCAAGUAGUUUUUAGAGAGAGCACACAUACUAGGAUGGUGUGGGCAUAUAUUAGUGAAAAUAACACGAAACUGCAUUCUAUUGGGGGAAACUGCUGUGUUAAAAUGUGUCUGUUAUGUUGCACGGCACAUGAAAAUGUGUAUAUAAGGAGAAAUGCUGACGGAUUUUCCUGAGGGUUUUGUUCUUUUCUUUAAAAAUGCAAACUGAUGCGGAAAUGGGCAAAACUAAUUUUGAGACUGAAAAAAUGAGAGGCAUUGAAAUGGACAGGUUCACCCUUUCUUAGCUGCGACUGUCUUUUCCUGCUUCUAAGCUUCUCUGGGGGCAUCAAGACAAACUUUUUGACCUCACCUAGCAGGGUGAUUCUUAGAAAGGCAAACAUUUGGAGAGACAGUGCUGUGUAGUGGUUAGAGUAUCAGACUAGGACCUAGGAGACCAGGGUUCAAAUCUCCACUCCGGCAUGAAGCUCACUGAGUGUCCUUGAGGUAGUCACUGCCAAUCUGCCUAAGCUCCCAGGCUGGGUUGUUGUGAAGAUAAAAUGAAGAAGGGCAGAACCUUGAGUGCACAACCAUAGAGGAAAAGGAGGUGUAACGCCAAUAAACGCACAUUGUCAAACCUUCAUCGCAGGUCAUUCAGUCGGUGGAGGAGGGUUACCGGCUACCUGCCCCCAUGGGCUGCCCCACAGCCUUGCAUCAACUCAUGUUGGAUUGCUGGCAGAAAGAUCGGAAUGAGAGGCCACGUUUCCCCCAGAUUGUCAGCAUCCUGGACAAGCUCAUCCGCAGCCCACAGAACCUCAAGUGCACGGCCACAGUCAACAGGUAUGUGUUCGCCAGCAGAGAGAUGCUCUGCUCCCAUGGGAAGAGAACUAAGCUAGUUGUGUGCCUGGAAACCAAAGUAAGGCCAUCCAUGUCCAUUGCUCCCCUGGCAAUGAAGACAGGAGUGGAGGAAGGCAGCAAAGGGUGGUUAGAACCACCCAGGGCAAGGUGAGGUGAUGGGGGGGGUGUCUAUCAUGCACCAUCAAAAUUAUAAUGAAAGUUUCAAGCGCUCUGUGAAUGAGGCAGACCUACAGAGAAGAACACCUUUGAGAAAUUAGAGGAGGAGGAGCAGUGAUUGCUUACUACAGGGAUGGGGAGCCUGUGACACUUCAGAUGCUUCUGGACUCCAACUGCCAACACCUGGACAGCAUGUCCAAUGCUCAGGGAUUAUGGGAGUUGUGAUCCAGAAACAUCUGGAAGGCCACAGGUUCUCCCAUCCUGGAAUCCCCAUCCAGAAAGGGGGCUCUGUGCUGUUUCUCUGUAUGAGUUGCUGUUCUGAUUUCUAUUGACACACUGAAAGGAGAACUUGUGGCUCUCUAGAUCAGUGUUUCCCAGACUUAGGUCUCCAGGUGUUUUUAACUACGACUCCCAUCAUCCCUAGCUAACAGCACCAGUGAGCAGGGAUGAUGGGAACUGUAGUCCAAAAACAGCUGAAGACCCAAGUUUGGGAAACGCUGCUCUAGAUGUUGGGCUACAAUGGCUAUCAGCCCUAACCAGCAGGGAUGAUGGAUGUUUCCCUUGUCUGCCUUACUGGCUCUGAACAGAGUGAGUCAGAGCUCAGCUGGCUGUGCUCUGUCUUGUUCUCCCUCUUGUCAAGAAGCAGUACAUUCUGGGAAAGAGAAAAAAAAUAACUGGCCUAUGCUUCCUUAGGUGCUGUGUUACUACCACACGCUUUCUACACAUGAAGGGCUGCCAGAAUCAUUGCUCCACCUUCCACUCACCUCUCCCUCCUGUGCUCCAUCUCUUGGCUUGCAGAUUCACCCAAACCAUCUCGGAACGAGGCUGCAUCGAUUUCACCAGCUGUGCAACUGUGGAAGACUGGCUAGACUCCAUCCGGCUGGGGCGAUACCAAGAGAACUUUGCUCUGGCCGGCUACUCUUCCCUUGGCAUGGUGAUGCGAAUGAACAUCGAGUAAGCACAAAAUGUGUGUGAGGGGGGUUGAGGCUUGGUGAAAAGGGGCCAAAAUGGGGUGCCAGUCCCAACAUCUCCUCUUCAGUCACUGCUAGGCACCAUGGCAGGGGUAAGGACCAGAGGCUGAAUGUGGCUCUCUAGGUCUCUCUCUUUCAGGCUCUUGGGACCUUCCCCAGGCCACACCCUUCACUCCCCCUGCUUUGUACCCUCCUUGAGUGUUUUUGCCUUGCUGGAAUUUGUCCUCGAACUCUGACCACACACUUCAUUUGCAUGGCUGGAAGCUAGAGAGAGGUGUGUGUGUACGAACUAGGCUGCUACAGAAAGGUAAAAUUUACAUCUCGUGCUCCACCCACUUUCCCCUCUGGCCCUGCCCACCCCUGGCCUUUGGCCUUUGGCAGGUUGACCAGAGGGAAUGUGGCUCUUGGGCUGAAAAGAUCCCCCACCCUCUGUACUAUGACUGUGACACCCCUUUCCCUGUUACACUGCACCACUUACCAGCACUGGCUCUGGUCAUGCUCCUCUUUGGUAUGGGGCCCAUGUUAUUCCACUGAAUGGAGGUUGGUGCAUUGGAAUGUAUGGGGCACUGCCCCUCCAAGUUCAGUCGGCCCUCAGGCCCCCAUCGGCCUACCUCUUUACUCACAUUUAGGGUUCCUCCAUGCUUCUGCUUAUCCAAAUGGUUUUCUAUAUGCUGUUUCCCCUAGUGCUAAAUUGGAGCAGUUGUCAAUCUGCAGGAAAUCCGGAUUACAUUUCCUCCAAUUCAGUGGUAAAGAUUGGGUUUUUCUUGUGGAAAGCAGUGGGACAAGUGGAAGUCUGGAUGAGUCCCCAGUCUAGGGGGUGCAGCUGGCUGUUGUCUUCUUAGCCUCAGUGUUGCCCUCAUAGAACUCAGCAGAGACAAGGAUGGGGACAAAACCAGAGUUAGUUGGCUCCAUCUAUCAUUGACUCUGGGUCUGCCUCUUGUUGGCUCUGGCUCCACCUACUGUUGGCCUCCCUGCUUCCCACCCUACCAGUCCCAGUGGACAUCUGCCUGCUCUGCUACUGACCUCCAAUCAGGACCCCUGGGAUGCAUCUACAAACCUCUUGAGCCCCAUUGGAUCUUCCUGCCCUACAUUUUAGGAGCCUAAACUGCUACACAGCCUAUCAGUUGAAAGAGGCCAGGAGAAGCAUUAGCAUAUUGUAUGAGGAGCAUCAGGCAAUUCCUCAGCCACCGCUGAGGAGCUUUCUGUUCCAGACUUGGCUGUAUCCCCCACCUGUUCUGUCUUGAGCAGAAGGUGCGGUUCUGUUGGAGAAAAUUGGGAAGUGCAGAUGUUAAGAGACUUAGUCAUGCUGGUGCAGGAAUAGGCAACUACCUCACCCACCCAGCACAGAUUCCUCCUCAUUCUCUCAGAGAGCAGCCACAAAACAUCAGCAGAAGCUACUUCAGUGCUCCAUGGGUGACCAGCAAGGCAUUCUAAGAGAUCCUACUUUCUGGCUCAUGGCGGGUGAACUCUAUUCAGCUCGGCUCAAAAUCAGCUUGAAGCCCAGGGCUCCCUUCAAGUAGGGAUAGGGGGAAUUAUGACUCGGCUCGCAUUCAAAGGCGAACCAACCUGAUUCGCAAUUUCCAAAUGUGCCAACUGAAACACAGCCGUCGUUCAACAUUCACACUUCUCUGCAAUGCCGUUUCUCCAGCCACAACUUGUGUAUAGAAACACACAUACCAGUGUCCUUAAAACUACAUAUCCUCAUGAAAAUAAGACACAAAAAGGCAUUCUAUUAGGGUAAAACAUUUUGCAAAGGAAUGUGUGCAUUGGGCCAAAUUGCAUACGGAUGUGUGCUUUUCGGGAGAAAUUCACGCUAAAUGACUGCUGAAUUUUCACAAGGACUCUUUAAAAGGGCAGGGUGGGGAGCCAACUGCUCUGGAAACAUGGAGACCUGAACUCAAGGUUGGAAAAAUGAGAAACCGAGAGAACUUGCCCAUGCCUACUCUCAGGGGAGGUGGAGGUUGUUCCAUUAGGGCAAAUUGUGCACUGCCCCAAUAACCUCUGUGUGCCCUCAGCCUGCCCUCAGCUGCCUGCCAUCUUCCUGACAACCAGUCCAGAGAGGGUAUCCCUGGCUAUCAGCUUCCUCCUCCUUAGUCCCAGUGUUGCUGUUGUAUAGCUCAGCAGGGAGAUGGGGACAGGAGUAGAAUUUGUUGCUUUUUCCUAUUGUUGGCUCUGUCGCCACUUACUAUUGGCCUCACCCUACCAUUCCCAGUGGGCACUGACCACCACUGUGGUGGUGGUGGAUCUGUCCCUUAUCCUAUUGCCGCAUCAGUUUCAAUUGCCCCUGAAAACGUACUUCCCUACCACCACCACCACCACUCCUUUGGAUCCAAGUCCUGGCUAGUGAUCACAGUUUAGAUAGAGCUCUGCAAAGAAUCUCACUUAAAAUGAAAAACAGGGAGAAAUACUCAUUCCGCCCCUCCUCCAUGAUUUGCUUCAGUGAAAGAUUCUCCCUCAUUGAACACACUUUUGCACUUUCAAUUAUCAAGCAACCUAAAUGGUGUUUUGGAGGGACGUGGGUAGAAUCUCAUUUUGCAUUGCAAGUUCCAUCGGCAUAAUGUCGCCUGGCUCAGAAUACCCAUGAGCAUUAUUAGCUAGACUAGGGGUGGGAAGCAUCUGGCCCCAGCAGGGUGUGUAUGUCAAAUGUGGCUCUCUCUAUAUGACCCCAGGACCUCCUUCCCAGGCCAUGCCUUUCACCAGCCUUGCUUUAUACCCCCUAGGAGUGUUUCUUCCUGAUUGCAGCAUGUCCUUGAACAGUCUAAAUGUUGCUCUCUAGAUCUCUUUCUCUCUGGUUUUUGGGACCCUCCCCAGGCCACACCCUUCACUCCCCCUACUUUGCACCCUCUUUGAGUCUUCUUCUUUUGGUCUGCCUGAUGCUGCCUUUGUUUCCACAGUGAUGUGCAGAGUUUGGGCAUCAGCCUCGUGGGUCACCAGAGGAAGAUCCUGACCAGCAUCCAGAUCAUGAGGUCUCAACUGCUCAAUACCAUGGGCUCCAGAAGACACCUGUGA